GUGGAUGGAGGCGUGUGUAGAGGAGGAGCUGCCCUCCACCACAGAUCUGGAAGAGAGUCUGAGGAACGGAGUCUACCUUGGAAAACUGGCCAAGUUCUUCGCCCCGAAGAUGGUGUCUGAGAAGAAGAUCUACGACAGGGACCAGGCCCGCUACAAGGUGACCUUUUUCCUCAUAUUGGAAAGAUCCGGUACCACGGGAUACUCCUAUCAAAUUAAUUGACACUUUUUCAGACUUAAUUUAACUAGGCUGCUAGGAUACUGAGUAAAACAGACCACAAAUCUGGGCGGCAGUGGGCGCUAUCUAAUUCCUAUUCUCAUCCCCACACAUCUUCUUUAUCUAAUUCCUCCCCUCCCCCUCUCCUCUCCCCCACACCCCAUCUAUAUCUAGUGCCUCCCCUCUCCCCCACACCUCUCAUCGAUCUAGUCCGUCUCCCCCACACCUCCCCUCUAUCUAGGUCCUCCCCACACCUCCUCUCCUCUCCCCCACACCCCCUCUCUGUCUAGUACCUCUCCCCCACACCCCACCUCUAUCGAGACCUCUCCUCUCCCUCUCUCCCCCUCACCUCUCUAUCUAGUUCCUCUCCUCUCCCCCACACCCCACCUCUAUCUAGUUCCUCUCCCCCAUUCCCCACCUCUAUCUAGUCCCUCUCCUCUCCCCCUCUCCUCUCUUCUCCCCCACGCCUCCUCCCCUCUCCCCUGCACCUCCAUGGCGUCAUAAAGGAAAUGUCUAAUCCCAGAUCCAACGCAGACAACCUCACUUCCUGUCAACCAUCUCCCAGGGGACAGAGAGAUGGCACCCCCGCUCCCCCAUGUUAAAAACAGCAGCUGUGCUGACACAACACACUCACUCAUACACUCUCCUUCAUCUUUCCAUGUGCACAUCUUUGCAUGCGUGCGAUUCCUACCAAAAACAUGCUGUUGCUGAUACACAACAGACUCAGUUGCUGGAAUCUAAUGUUUCUGAUUUGUCUGUUUGUCUCCAGCGCACAGGACUUCACUUCAGACACACAGACAACACAGUGCAAUGGCUACGGGCCAUGGAGUCUGUAGGGCUGCCUAAGGUAAGACUAACACACACACACACACACACACACACACACACACACACUGCCCAAGUCCCUCCUACCAGAGGCAUACAGUAUCAUAUACUUGUAGUAACUGGUGAUAUCACAAGGCUGAGUUGCCUGUUUUAUGGAUUUUACUAAGUCAAAUGACAGUGGACCAGGUAAAUUUAAAGCAUGCUGUUCUACUGCGUUCUUAUGGAUGCCUGAGACCAACCUAGAAGGGUGUGGCUGUGGUGGGUUUACUACUACUACUACUACUAACACUAAUAGUGUUAUUAUUAAUAAUGCAUAUGUUAUGUGUAGGGACAAAAUGUGUUCCAUCUGGAGCUGAUAUGGAGAAUGCUAACACCUUAUUGUCAAUCCAUGUGAUGGUAACACUGGAAUCGCUCAGAGAUACCUGUUUGAUGAUGAUCAGUCAAAGAAUUCCUCUGUUUUGGGGGAAGCAGUACACUUACCAAAGGAGAAUCUUUAGGAGUAGACAGACAACCAAUGAAUAUGAGACAUUGUUUAUUCAUUCGGUUAUUAUGGGCUCAUCUUGUCAUUAUUGAUGGAUUCAAAUGUUUGACUAUUUGUUUUAAUUCAAAAUAAUGAUUAGGGCAGGGGAAUAGGUUGCUUUACUGUUGUUCACCAGUACUUUUCCCUUUUGGGAAACACAUGGACAUCCACAGCAUUCAGCCAGGUAGGUGUACGUACAGUGAGACUGGAAGCACACACUGCAAAUACAAAGACAGGCAAGAAUUACAUCACCUAAAGGUGUGUGACAGUGGCCAGGAGGAUACAGAGGAAUAGUGCAGACUGCUACAGGUUGAAACUGAAACUGACAGUCUGAAAUAUGUAGCAUGCUCGCUGUGCAUCUUGGCUGCUGCACUAUGCAAGGUAUCAGAAGAUGUUAAUGAAAGACUCAUGACUAAUGACUCCUCUGGUUGCUACUUUCAGAUAUUCUAUCCUGAAACGACAGAUGUGUACAAUCGCAAAAACAUGCCCAAGGUGGUGUACUGCAUACACGCAUUAAGGUAAGAGGGGGAGCAUUCCAACACAAGGUGGGUUUUUUCUGUUUGACACUUUAUAUUUUGUAGGAGACCUACGUUUUUAGCUCUUCUGAUGUUUGAAGAGCCCUAAAAGCAUAUCAAUGUCUAAAUGGGACUUGAGGAUCAUUUUGAAAAAGUUAACAAUGUGUGAACCAAGAGAAGUGAAGAAGAAUGGAGGAAAAUGCUAAAAGAUAACCUGAAACUAGUAUUGUCUGUUUCAGUUUAUAGUUAAAACGUGCUAUUUUCAAGAUUCAUGAAACAAAGGGGUGGCAAUAUGUAGUCAUUUCCCAAGCUUGCCGUUGUUUUUGUGUGUUUGUAUGGAUAUCGUUUGCGCAUGCAAUGCUAGAUACACCCUCGGAACCGAUAGGUGACUUCCUGUAUGCAUUGAGUCAUUUCCUGCCAACAGACUGCUUCAAUCUGUAGGCUGCCUCGAGCAAUUUAGUGUCUCCUUUGACAAUGUUCUCUUGAGUCUACAAGAGACCGAAAUGAUGUCAUUCUCACAUAGUAUCAUCAGGCUCUAGAAGGAAAGCCAGAUGUUUAUAUUGGGAGCUGAGGGUGGUAGAAGGGCCUGUCUCUCACUCAGCUUUUUCAAUUAAUAGCCCUAUCUCCAUCUUUUGAUGUGAAGCCUAUUUUCUUAUGUGUGGACAGUGUUGACUCUGACUCCUAACUUGCAGUGAGAAGUGAAAUACCUGUAUUAUAUGAAAGAGGAACUUGAAUAGGUUUUUCUGAGAUCAUGUUCAGAGGGAUUUUACUUCACAACCUCAAGCGUUAGGCUUUCUGCUCUAUAUGCAUCACACACAUAUUACAUCCUAUAACGUUGUUAUGACAGGUUCACACAUUAUAGCCUAUAUAACGUUGUUAUGGCAGGUUCACACGUUAUAGCCUAUAUAACGUUGUUAUGGCAGGUUCACACAUUAUAGCCUAUAUAACGUUGUUAUGGCAGGUUCACACGUUAUAGCCUAUAUAACGUUGUUAUGGCAGGUUCACACGUUAUAGCCUAUAUAAUGUUGUUAUGGCAGGUUCACACAUUAUAGCCUAUAUAACGUUGUUAUGGCAGGUUCACACGUUAUAGCCUAUAUAACGUUGUUAUGGCAGGUUCACACGUUAUAGCCUAUAUAACGUUGUUAUGGCAGGUUCACACAUUAUAGCCUAUAUAACGUUGUUAUGGCAGGUUCACACGUUAUAGCCUAUAUAAUGUUGUUAUGGCAGGUUCACACGUUAUAGCCUAUAUAACGUUGUUAUGGCAGGUUCACACGUUAUAGCCUAUAUAACGUUGUUAUGGCAGGUUCACACGUUAUAGCCUAUAUAACGUUGUUAUGGCAGGUUCACACGUUAUAGCCUAUAUAACGUUGUUAUGACAGGUUCACACGUUAUAGCCUAUAUAAUGUUGUUAUGGCAGGUUCACACGUUAUAGCCUAUAUAACGUUGUUAUGGCAGGUUCACACGUUAUAGCCUAUAUAACGUUGUUAUGGCAGGUUCACACAUUAUAGCCUAUAUAACGUUGUUAUGGCAGGUUCACACAUUAUAGCCUAUAUAACGUUGUUAUGACAGGUUCACACGUUAUAGCCUAUAUAAUGUUGUUAUGGCAGGUUCACACGUUAUAGCCUAUAUAAUGUUGUUAUGGCAGGUUCACACAUUAUAGCCUAUAUAACGUUGUUAUGACAGGUUCACACGUUAUAGCCUAUACAGUGUCUUCAAAGUAUUCACACCCCUUGACCUUUUCAACAUUUUGUUGUUUUACAAAGGUGCGAUUAAAAUUGAUUUAAUUGUAUUUUUUGUCAACGAUUUACACUAAAUACUCUAGUGGCAAAGAAAAAUUCGAACAUUUGAUAAAAAUAUAUGGAAAAAAAACACUAUCUUGAUUACAUAAGUAUUCAACCCCCUCAGUCAAUACAUGUUAGACUGACCUUUGUCAGUGAUUACAGCUGUGAGUCUUUCUGGGUAAGUUUCUAAGAGCUUUGCACACCUGGAUUGUACAAUAUUUUUACAUUAUUCUUUAAAGAAUUCUUCAAACUCUGUCAAGUUGGUUGUUAAUCAUUGCUAGACAGCCAUUUUCAAGUCUUGCCAUCGAUUUUCAAGCCGAUUUAAGACAAAGCUGUAACUAGGCUACUCAGGAACAUUCAAUGUCGUCUUGGUAGGCAACUCCAGUGUAGAUUUGGCCUUGUGUUUUAGGUUAUUGUCCUGCUGAAAGGUGAAUUUGUCUCCCAGUGUCUGUUGGAAAGCAGACUGAACCAGGUUUUCCUCUAGGAUUUUGCCUGUACUUAGCUCUAUUCCAUUAAUUUUUAUCCUAAAAAGCUCCCUAGUCCUUGCCGAUGACAAGCAUACCCAUAACAUGAUGCAGCCACCACCAUGCUUGAAAAUAUGAAGAGUGGUACUCAGUGACGUGUUGGGUUGGAUUUGCCCAAAACGUAACGCUUUGUAUUCAGGACAUAAAGUUAAUUUCUUGUCUUUUUUUUGUGCAGUUUUACUUUAGUGCCUUAUUGCAAACAGGAUGCAUGUUUUGGAAUAUUUUUAUUCUGGACAGGCUUCCUUCUUUUCACUCUGUAAUUUAGGUUAGUAUUGUGGAGUAACUACAAUGUUGUUGAUCCAUCCUCAGUUUUCUCCUAUCACAGCCAUUCAACUCUGUAACUGUUUUAAAGUCACCAUUGGCCUCAUGGUGAAAUCCCUGGGCAGUUUCCUUCCUCUCCGGCAACGGAGUUAGGAAGGACACCUGUAUCUUUGUAGUGUAUCUGUAUAUUCAGUUUCUGCUUUUUUAAAUUUUAACUAUCUACUAAUAGGUGCCCUUCUUUUGCGAAGCAUUGGAAAACCUCCCUGGUCUUUGUGGUUGAAUCUGUGUCUGAAAUUCAUUGCUCGACUGAGGGUCUUUACAGAUAAUUGUAAAGUAUGUGUGGAGUACAAAGAUGAGGUAUUCAUUCAAAAAUCAUGUCAAAUACUAUUAUUGUACACAGAGUCCAUGCAACUUAUGUGAAUUGUUAAGCGCAUUUUUACAUCCUGAACUUAUUUAGGUUUGCCAUAGCAAAGGGGUUGAAUAUUGACUCAAGACAUUUCAGCUUUUCAUUUUUUAACAUUUCAAAAAACAUAACUCCACUUUGACAUUAUGGGGUGUUGUGUGUAGGCCAGUGACACACAAUCUCAAUUUAAUCCAUUUUAAAUUCAGGCUGUAACACAACAAAAUGUGGAAAAAGUCAAGGGGUGUGAACUUUCUGAAGGCACUGUAUAACGUUGUUAUGGCAGGUUCAUACAUUAUAGCCUAUAUAAUGUUGUUAUUACAGCUUCACACCUGUUACAGGCGUGGGUUGUCCUUGUUAUUGGUCACAUACACAUGUUUAGCAGAUGUUAUUGCGGGUGUAGCGAAAUGCUUUUGUUUCUAGCUCCAAAAGUGCAGUAAUAUCUAACAAGUAAUAUCUAACAAUUUCACAACAAUGCACACAAAUCUAAAGUAAAGGAAUGAAAUAUUUGGACGAGCAAUGUCGGAGCGGCAUAGACUAAAAUACAGUAGAAUAGAAAAUAAAACAGUAUAUACAUAUGAGAUGAGUAAUGCAGUAUGUAAACAUUAUUAGAGAGACUAGUGUUCCAUUAUUAAAGUGGCCAGUGAUUUCAACUCUAUGUAUAUAGGGCAGCAGCCUCUAACAUGCUAGUGAUGGCUAUUUAACAGUCUGAUGGCCUUGAGAUAAGCUGUUUUUGUCUCUCGGUCCCAGCUUUGAUGCACCUGUACUGACCUUGCCUUCUGGAUGAUAGCGGGGUGAACAGGCAGUGGUUCGGGUGGUUCUUGUCCUUGAUUAUCUUUUUGGCCUUCUUGUGACAUCGGGUGCUGUAGGUGUCCUGGAGGGCAGGUAGUUUGCCCCCGGUGAUGCGUUGGGCAGACCGCACCACCCUCUGGAGAGACCUGCGGUUGCGGGCGGUGCAGUUGCCGUACCAGGCAGUGAUACAGCCCGACAGGAUGCUCUCAAUUGUGCAUCUGGAAAGGUUUGUGAGGGUUUUAGGUGCCAAGCCAAAUUUCUUCAGCCUCCUGAGGUUGAAGAUGCGCUGUUGCCUUCUUCACCACACUGUCUGUGUGGGUGGACCAUUUCAGUUUGCCAGUAAUGUGUACGCAGAGGAACUUGAAGCUUUCCACCUUCUCCACUGCUGUCCCGUCGAUGUGGAUAGGUGGUUGCUCCCUUUGCUGUUUCCUGAAGUCCACGAUUAGCUCCUUUGUUUUGUUGACGUUGAGUGAGAGGUUAUUUUUCUGGCACCACACUCCUUAGAUUAUUAUUCUAAGAGGCAUAACUAUUAACUUUAUUCAUGGCUGAAAGUGUGUUAACGGUUGUAGAAAACCCCAUCAGUCACACUCACACAGCCCUCUCUAACUCCCGCUCUUUUUUCAAAGGUCAUGAUUGAUUCAUGUCCUGAUUAUGCACUGUGCUAUCAUAAACAUCCCACAGGUUUGACAGAGGGCCAAGGUCCAGCAACAUACUGUAACGGCUCUCUGUCCAAUGCUUUUGAACACUGAAUAACUGAUAUAACUGCAUAAUGUAGUAGACACACCGCUGUUAACAUCUUUAGAAAAUAAACAGCCUUCCCAACCUUUUUCAGUUACUGUACCACCAAGUACAUUUUGCUCUGCCCGGAGUUACCUGAUGUGCAUUUGACCAGUAAGCCUAUGGUCUCAUGAGUAAUCUCAAGUAUCCCCUGUGGAUAGGCCAAGUACCCCCAGGGGUCGAAGUACUCCUGGUUGGUAAACACUGGCCUAUAAGACAGGCCAGCCUAUAUUGAGGUUGCAUCCCAAAUGGCACCCUUUCCCUAUUUAGUGCACUACUUUUGACCAGGGCCCAUAGGACACAGUCAGUCUCCAGUCUCACCUCAAAGCUGCUGUCAUAGCAUGGUAGUGGUGGUGCUAGUAGAAGUAACAGCUCUGUAGUGACACUUUGUCAUUGUGUGAAGUCAAUGGUGUCACUAUUAGUGGGUGGUUUUUUACUGACUGGUUUCAUUGACUGUCAUGUAUACAGUACACGUACACUGUCAUGUAUACAGAGAGGAGUCGUUUGUAAUGUAUACAGUGCUUGACUUGGACUGAAAUAGGUGCUGGUAUCAUUUUGGGUGUCGUUACUGUUUAGGUGCAGGAACUCCACAAUACUUUUAGCCAAUAUUUUAUGAAGUGCACAAACUCAAGCAGUAGAACAUUUACGGUGCCGCUAUUCAGUUCCGCUGAGCUCCUGCCCAAGUCAAGCACUGCUCGUAUAUCCAUCUGAAUGUGGAAGAAAAUUGGAGUGAAUACGUUAGCUAGUUGGCUUGUUUUUUCUCUUUGAGCUGUUUGGUCAGGGCCCAUGAGGGCAGGCUUCCUUCCCUGCCUGUGUGCACACACACGUGCUCUUCCUUCCUGGCAGGCUGGUCUAACCCCCAUUGGGAGCCAGGGCAGGGAAUAAACUCUAGCUCUGAGGAGAAGUAGACACACUGGGCUAGUGGGCCUUUGUUGAGAAUUCAGUACAGUGGAAAAAUAGAAAGGCAACACAAUAGAAUGGAAACGACAUAAUAAACCUUUGGCCUUCCCUCUGUCUUAGCAGACUCUAAACCCCUCAGGAAGACACCCGUACCCCUGUAGCCCAAUCUAUCAUUCAUGCCCACUUAUCAGGAACCUGCGGGCAGAUGAAAGUUUAAUGCAGUUUCCAGCCACCUGUUUGUUUCACUGGAACUGACUCAGUACAGUCAGUGCAGUUGGCGUGUCAGGAUUCUGACUGCUGCUUUCUCUGAGCACACAUUUCCCCCCUGUGGGGAAAAGGGUGCAUUGCAGUUUAUUGGGCCGACUCUCCUAGCUCAAUCUAGAGCAGAUGGAUGUUUCAAGUUCCCCUUGGGACGCAUCCUUCCUUCCUCACUUCAAGUCGUCACUUAUCAGACUGACAUGCUUUCAUAGGUGAAAGCAAUAUGGUGGAUCCCUUGCUGACCCAAGGACAAGAGGAAGGAAAGAUGCAUUUCUAAAGUAUUCAAGCUCGGGAAAAGUGUGGAUAGAUGCAUAUGUAUAGAUGCAGAUGUUAGUAAAUUAUGUUUCCCCAGCCUCUGAGUUGUUGAAUAAACAUAGCCACAUCUUAUCCACCACUUUAGUACGCUUUCUUCCUAACCAUUCAAUCUAGGUUAAAGUUCUGAGAGCUUCAUACCUUUCCAUCCCUCGACCCCAGGGAGUUAUUCUCCAGGAUAUUUGACGCAAAACCUGACUAGAAGUAGCUCUGUAACAUAACCUUGUAUUUUAUUCCAGCUUAUACCUGUACAAACUGGGCAUUGCACCACAGAUCCAGGACCUGCUGGGGAAAGUGGCCUUCACAGGUAAGAAAGACCAGGCUACAGUAGCAUUUUACCGUAGCGUUUUACCAGGAUAUACUAGUGUUUUACAAGGCUACAGUAGCAUUUGAUCCACCAGCUCUUCUAUUCCAGCAUGAUAAUUAGAGAUCUCAUAAGAGUCAUAGCUUGAGUUCACCCUGUACUUUAAAUCAACACAUAGUGUUCUUCUCUAUCUGGCACCAGCCAGGUUUUGAUUGAAUGCUGGGUGCUUGAACCCAUAGGAACAAUUGCUGUAGGAACUUGCAAGUAAGCAUUUCGUUGGACAGUGUAUACCAUGUGUAUCCCGUACAUACAACUAAUACAACUUGAAACUAGUGUGUAGUGGUUCUACAGUAUAAUGAGCUUCCUGCUCCAGAAUGAACACUAACAUACAUCGUUGUAGUGAAGGAGGAACUGCUGUAGUAAUUACUACCUCUCUUUGAAACUUAAGGAAAACAUGAAGACUUGCUUGCGGAAGUGUGUGUGAUUAGAGCCUCCCGGGGGGUGGUAAUGACAGAUAAUUGGUGCUCUUGUUUGGCUUUGAUUGAAACAGAAUGUCAUCACUCGCACCUAGCUGCGUGUUCAAUUCGAUAAGCACUGUGGAGAUCAGUAUGAUAUACUGUGGUUGAUAUGAGUGAAGUGGGAAGGACCAACCACAUGUCUUAUCUGGAUGAAUAUCUGCAACAUAACACUUACUCAUAAUAAACCACUUUAACCUUUAUCGAUUGCUAUCACUGACUGAAGUAAUUCACUUCAACGCCAUAAAAAAUAAAGUGCACAUUUCACCGACGAGGAUUAAAACAAUACCGGGUGUAUGUGUAUACAGAGAAGGAGAGAUACACUGAGUGUACAAAACAUUAGGAACACCUUCCUAAUAUUGAGUUGCACCCCGUUUUGCCCUCAGAACAGUCUCAAUUCGUCAGGGCAUAGACUCUACGAGGUGUCGAAAGCUUUCCACUGGGAUUCUGGCCCAUGUUGACUCCAAUGCUUCCCAUAGUUGUCAAGUUGGCUGGAUGUCCUUUGGGUGGUGAACCAUUCUUGAUACACACAGGAAACUGUUAAGCGUGAAAAACCCAGCAGCGUUGCAGUUCUUGACACUCAAACCUGUGCACCUGGCACCUACUACCAUACCCCGUUCAAAGGCACUUAAUUAUUUUGUCUUGCCCAUUCCCCUCUGAAUGGCACACAUACACAAUCCAUGUCUCAAUUAUCUCUAGGCUUAAAAAUCCUUCUUUAACCUGUCUCCUCCCCUUAAUCUGUACUGAUUGAAGUGGAUUUAACAGGUGACAUCAAUAAGGGAUCAUAGCUUUCACCUGGUCAGUCUAUGUCAUGGAAAGAGCAGCUGUUCCUAAUGUUUUGUACACUCAGUGUAUGUUAUAUGAAAAGGUGGACAAUAUCAAAGCACUGUAGGCUAAUAUGACUGAGAUGCAUAUGCCAGUCAUGCAAGCAUAAGUCAUGUAUUGACGACAAUCCAUACUGUGAAUACCAGCUUGCUAAAACAACUUAUUGUUUUGCAAUUUUUCCAAAGCAUCUAUAAGUUGCCAGUGAAUAAGCAGGUCCCUCUCCUAGGGGUGUCGAGGUUUCCUGCUGUGCCAGUGUGCUUGUAAUGUGUUCCUGUCUGUCCCACAGAGGAGGAGAUCAGUAACAUGCGGAGUGAGCUGGAGAAGUACGGCAUCCAGAUGCCAACCUUCAGCAAGAUAGGAGGCAUCCUGGCCAACGAGCUCUCGGUGGACGAGGCAACCUGUGAGUAGUACAGUACACUGUUCCAUCCACUGGAUGAACUCUGUCUUCUAUCCUGAUCCUGGAGAGACCCAUAGGGUGUGCAGGGUUUGGCUCCAGCCCAGCACUAAAACACCAGAUUCAACUAAUCCAGCCAUUGAUGAUUAGCAGAUUAGUUGAAUCAGGUGUGUUAGUGCUGGGCUAUAACAAAAGUCUGGCCUCUCAUAGAUAGACAGACAGACAGACAGACAUGUUUACUGCUGAGUGGUACUCAUUCUUGCUGGUGUCCCUCCCAAGUGCACGCUGCUGUGUUUGCCAUCAAUGAGGCGGUGGAUAAGGGUGAGGCGGCUGUGACCAUGGGGUCAUUGAGGAACCCCAACGCUAUGCUGAGGAACACUGGGGAAGAGCUGGCCCAGGACUACCAGGACACUCUGAGCCGGGCCAAGGCCAGCAAGGAGCUCCAGGCCUCAGGCAGGGUGAGGAACUCCCAGACCCUCCCUGAUGUUGCUCUUUCCACUGAAAUGGCAUCCUAUUCCCUUUUGUAGAGCACUGCUUUUGACCAGAGACCUAUGGGUCCUGAGUCCGGGUAGAAGUUUCAAAACUGACCUUGGAUCAGCAACUUGAUCCUGUUCUGAACCUAAAGAGGUAUUGAGAGUUAGUAGCAUACUGUAGGAGUCUUGUCUGCAGUGAAUACCACCUGAAACACUCAGCAGCCCUUGCCAUGACAUUCCAGUGGCUGCAGCAUAAGCUGAACUCUCACUACAACACUAGUCUUCCCACACCAACUAGCAUCUCUCCUCCCAUACUCCUCACUAACUCUGUGUAAAUAUGACCCGCUGUGUUAAAUUACAAAUUAUUUCAGCAAAGUCAUGAUCUUAAAUCUAAAGUUAAUAUGAUGGCCAGAUUGUCAACAAUUUGAGCAUGACAGUGUGUUUAGUUUCAAUCACAGGUGGCCGGUGGCACCUUCAUUGGGGAGGACGGGCUCAUAGUAAUGACUGGAAUGGAAUCCAUGGAAUUGUAUCAAACACAUCAAAGACAUGGUUUCCAUGUGUUUGAUACCAUUCACUCCAUUCCAGUCAUUAUUAUGAGCUGUUCUCCCCUCAGCAGCCUCCUGUGGUUUCAGUAUGCACAAAAUGUAAAAACCUUGAGAAUGUAUGUUUAUAGUCCAUCUAACACAAUGCUUUUUCUCUUGUCUCCCUGCUCAGUGCUCGUCCAUAGCCACAGAGGAGAGAGAUGUUUAUGAGGAGCUGCUGACCCAGCAGGAGAUCCAGAGCUGCGUCGACCUUGUUAACAGUAACUACGGUCCCUGUCUUAUGACCUCAAUAAGUUGUGUUCUGAACAUCUAGGAUAGGCCUUCAGGAUGUGACUGGUAGAUCUUCUACCUUUUCCACAGCCAGUUUGAAAUCUCAUGUCAAAAAAGGUUGGGCACCCCUUGUCUAAAGGUAGUGGCUGAGGGUUGAUUUAUUUGGGAUGUGUCCCGUGUCUGUCUCCAUCCAACCCCUGGUCCCUCCUGUCUGUCUCUCCAGCCCAGGGAGCGGUGCAGCAGGUGAACCAGGCCAUCUCUGCCCAGGACGAGGCUGCUCUGCUAGUUGGGCUCAAGGUGCUGGCCCUGGGGCUGCUGGGGGUCCAGGAGGCCAACUCUCACUGGUACCUGGAGCACUUCACCUCCUACUGCCAAGUCAAGUCUCGGGUCAGUAAGGCCAGUGGUCAAAUGGUGGAAGCACGUCUAGUAGAGUGGCGCAGUGGUCUAAGGCACUGCAUCGCCGUGCUAGCUGUGCCACUAGAGAUCCUGGUUCGAGUCCAGGCUCUGUCGCAGCCGGCCGCGACCGGGAGACCCAUGGGCGGCGCACAAUUGGUCCAGCGUCGUCCAAGGUAGGGGAGGGUUUGGCCGGCAGGGAUGUGGGUUUGUUUCCCACGGGGGGCCAGUAUGGGGAAAAAAAACAAAAAAAAACAUGUAUGCAUUCACUAACUGUAAGUCGCUCUGGAUAAGAGCGUCUGCUAAAUGACUAAAAUGUAAAUGUAAAAUGUAGUAGGUUGGCUAUGGCUGUGGGCUUACACUAGUUCAUUUAGCAGACAAGAUUUGCUUAGAAUUCCAUGGCAUUAUUUUAUAUUAUUUUAUAGUAUGAAGAAUACAAUUGAACAUAGCUGAAUAAAAGAGAAAAGGAUGUUUUCUCCAAACGGUUUCUGAGGGAGUGCGUACAUGCGGCAAUUCUGUGUUGAGCGGUUAACAAAAAACAGGUCCUCCUAUAUGCUUAAUUUAGAGUUAUUUAUACAACUUUAGUUGUGAUACAAACAUUGGGCUAUAUGUUUUGAUUUUUAAUACAUUCUAAGGCUGCAUGAUGCAACUCUAAUGAUGAUUUGAAAAAAGUAGCAUGAAAGGCAUGAGCUCUGCUUUGUUUCUUGCGCAGGCUGCACACACUUCAUCUAUCAUUCACAAUUUGACAAGCACUUGAUAAUGGCUAGAAUUUUCCGGUGACAUCCCUCUUGUUUGGCCGUAAUGCCCCCUAGAAAAUCCAUGCCUUUUGCGGCCAGUGGCCGCUGUGCCCUUGGCCUGAAUAUAAUCAUUAUGAUUCCCUUCUCCCGGCUGCGUGCUCCGAAGCACCUCUCACUCAUAUGGCUCUCUCAGAUAUCUCAAUUCUUAUUAGCCAAUGCCCGUCACGUGAUCGGUUCCUUCUCACAGGCAUCUCAGCUCCGAAGUAGGCUACAAGUGAAGACCGACACAUCGGGGACAGUUGUGGGAUGCGAUAGAUCCCAAAUUAAUACAACCACUCGCAUCAAAAAACCUUUUAAAAGCAUUUACAUUUUACAUUUUUAAUCAUUUCGCAGACGCUCUUAUCCAGAGCGACUUACAGUUAGUUAGCAUUGAGGCUGAUCAGAACGUUGAGCUUAAAAUGUUGAUAAACUAUUCGGCUAUUUCUUCACAUUAUAAGUGCAGCAAUGCGCACACGGCAGUAGGCUAUAAGCGCAAAUGUUCUAAAAUGCAAUCAAUUAGUGGGAAAAUACCAUUCUCAUAAGGGACUGUAAAUGCGAUUAUGCUUGUAAUGCUUUAUUAUAAAGGUUAAUUUUUAUGGGGAAAAUUAUCUUCCCCAAACUUGAAACUCACGCCCCGCUUAUGUAUGCCAGUUAGACUCUACACCGGUUGUAAAGCAGAUUAAUGUGCUUAAUUUUAAGAAGUUAUUUGUCUACUUUCGUUGUGAUACAACCCUUAUCAAAACAUAUAGGCCUAUGGACUAGGCUACAUGAGGUGUAAAAAAAAAAGUAUUUUGAAAAAGUCGCAAAAAAAUGCAUGCGCUGUUACUGACCUUACUGCACACAAGCUGGGCAUCAUUCACAAGUGGUAGCCUAUCACUUGGAAUGAUAUAUUAGUAUUGUCACCCAUCAGACUAUUCUUGAUUUAAUCUUGUCUUUACAUAUAUUAUCUAGAAUAUGUGUGAAAUUAGUUUUGAUUUUGAAUGGACUAUAAUCAUGCACCUGUCUCGGAACAGGGGCAGGGAAAAAAAUACAUGUAAUCUAUGCACUUAAAUAGUGAAUGGAGGACGCUUUUCCCCAUGGUUCAUUUUCAUACCAGUAAGGUAGGCUAUACUCCUGUUGUAAAGCGAAGCAAUGUGCUUAAUAUUAGGAAAGUUGAAAAAUAAAUAUAGUAGGCCUAGCCUAUAGAAAGCUGAUCCUCCUCUUUUAAAUAGUGGCCAUCAAAACUCUGUUUUCUCACGCAAUUGCAUAGCCUAUAGAAAUGUUGCGCAACAUGACCUCAUGGGCUCUCAUGAAGUGUUUGAUUUGAUUUUCGAUUACAUUUGCAUUGAUGUCAGAGUGAUUAGAGGGACAAUAGAGUGCUGAGUACCAGGCAGUUAGCAAGUUUGGUAGGCUACUAAUGACCAUCAUCAGCCUGAGCUUGGAGAAGCCUAGUUAUCGUGACUAAACGGACAUGUGGAAUUUGACUACAUCAUGGCUCGUGACCGCUGGUGUGGCGGUAAUACGGUCACCGUAACAGCCCUAGUAGGGGAGAUGAGGUAUCUCAUAAAAUAAAUGAGAAUGCCUAUACACUGUGUUUUUGCCUUUAAGAGCGUAAGAUGGCGGUCUUAAUUCAUUGCUUCAAGUUGCAUUAGUGUUACAGAACCCAGAUUUUUUCUAUUGAGUUGAACUUGUCACCCAAACACUUUCUCCGUGGACCUCAGGACACUGGAGGUGCAGUGAUGCUGGAGAGGGAGGAGAUUCAGAGGGUGGUCAUAUCCUGUAACGACUUUGCUGAGGCAGAGAAACUAAGUAAGCACCCCUCACCAUCCAUCACUCUCCUUUUGUAAUAUUCCCCAGUGUUUCUAGGUUCAGUGUUUGAUAUUUUUGCUACGCAGAACUGGAGGCCAUUACAGCGAUCAACUCGGCCAUUCGUCAUGGUGUAGCAGCAGAGACUAUAGAGGAGCUGAUGAACCCAGAGGCCCAGCUCCCCAUAGUCUACCAUACCGCUGCCAACCUCUACCAGACCGAACUGUUCAGCCUGCAGUUACAGGGGGCAAAGGUGCCACACACACACAUUACACUUUCCUUAUUUUAAGAUACAAUAUAAUGUUGUACAGUUGUGAGUGGGUGCUGGUUGUCAGACCAAAGUAGUGCAAGUUUCCCCUAGCUAGGUUGGCCAGUGGGCAGACAGUUGUGUGUGUCUGGUUGUAUGUCCAGUAUAUGAUCACUAAUCUCUGUCUGGUUGUAUCUAACAGGCAGGCCUGGGGCAUGAGGAGCUGUCUGUUGCGGUGGAGAUGCUGUCUGCGGUGGCCGUGCUUAACGAGGUCCUGGACACCAAGGACCCCCAGGCUGUCACUGAGCAGCUGACUGACUCCCCUCUGGGCUUCAGCAACAUGGACCACGACAACCUGCACAGGUAGCUAAAACCACAACCUGCACAGGUAGCUAAAACCACAACCUGCACAGGUAGCUAAAACCACAACCUGCACAGGUAGCUAAAACCACUACCUGCACAGGUAGCUAAAACCACUACCUGCACAGGUAGCUAAAACCAUUACCUGCACAGGUAGCUAAAACCACUACCUGCACAGGUAGCUUUAAACCUCAACCUGCACAGGUAGCUAACACCACAACCUGCACAGGUAGCUAACACCACAACUAUCUGUCAUAUCACAGGUAACCCCACAACCAUCUACCCUUUUGUCCCUCUAGUGGAAACUCUCUCCACAGCUCACCACAGUUGCACACAGAUAACACCUAGAACUGUCUUUCUGCCUGAUGUGUAACCUCCCCUGGCCUUCCCCCUCUCUCCUCUCCCUUUCUCCUCUCCCCCUUUCCCCUCCCCCCUCUCGCUCUCUCCUCUUCCCUCUCUUCCUCUUUUCCCUUCUUCCUCUCUCCCCCUCUCCCCCUGUCUCUCAGGUACGCAGACACUCUGAUCAGCCUCAGAGCCGACAGUCUGUCCCGCUGGCUGGAGUUCCUCACCUGGAAUGAUGUUCAGAAGACUAUCGACACGGUCAACCUGCAGGUGCACGAGGAACACGAGCGUAGGUCACAACCUCUAACUGUUUCAACACUGGGUGCAUCCCAAAUCCAAACCUAUUCCCUAUUUAGUGCACUAUUUUGACCAGGGCCCAUAGGGGAUAGGGUGCCAAGUCCAACCAUUUCUCUAAGGCGGGUAGAAUAGUCUGCAGUCUCGAAUAAAUAAAUCCACACACUCUAAAUCUGAAAUGUACAUGAUGAAGUAGUACUGAGUUCAGUGUCAUUAGUAUUGUUCACCUGCUGCUCCCCUGACUGUCGGUGUCACUAUAUGUGCUGUCUGUCUCAUCCCCCCUCUAGGUAUUAUUGCUAUAUCUGAGAUCAACGAGGCACUGAGCUCUGGUGACCCUAACCAGACCCUCUCUGCCCUGCUCCUGCCCACGGCCAAACUGCAGGGAGUCAACCCAGCCACAGCCAAACACUACCACGACGUCCUGCAGAACACCAAGCUACUCAUCUGCAAGGUAUUGUACUGCCAGCCAUUAUGAGAGCAUAUAUACACUGAGUGUACAAAACAUGGAUUGUGUAUGUGUGCCACUCAGAGGGUGAAUGGGCAAGACAAAAUAUUUAAGUGCCUUUGAAUGGGGAAUGAUAGUAGGUGCCAGGCUCACCGGUUUAUGUGUCAAGAACUGCAAUGCUGCUGGGUUUUUCAAGCUCAACAGUUUUCCGUGUAUCAAGAAUGGUCCAUCACCCAAAUGACAUCCAACCAACUUGACACAACUGUGGAAAGAAUUGGAGUCAACAUGGGCCAGCAUUCCUCUGGAACACUUUCGACACCUUGUAGAAUCCAUGCCCUGAUGAACUGAGGCUGUUCUGAUGGUAAAAGAGGGUGCAACUCAAUAUUAGGAAGGUGUUCCUAAUGUUUUGUACACUCAGUCUAUAUUCCCUCAAGAGCAGAGAAGCCUUCAUCUUCAUACAUUUCAUGGACAGAGUGCUACUCAAGAGGCUUGGGAUCACAGCUGUUGAUCAGAUCUUACAGAUCUAGGUAGCCCUAUUCGCUAUAUAGUGCAUUACUUUUGACCAGCGCCCAGUGCUCUGGUCAAAAGUAGUGCACUAUAUAGGGAAUAUGGUGCCAUUUGGGACGCACACUAGAUCUGUAACCUAGACUUAAUAAGCGGGAGGGAGAGUGCCUGAGACAUGAAUGAGAUGGUCAGUGAUUAAUGGGAGCAUGCUGAAACAGGUCUGUCUGGAGCACAGGUAUGAACCUGCCCUCACCUUUAUCUAAACCCUGCUCCUUCUAUGUGAAGUCUACAUCUAUCAAUGUGGAAAAUGUUUAAUACUCAGUAAAAUGGGAAUUAACUAACAAAUGAAUGUAUGGGAAUAGGCCUACAUGAAUACACUUCAUUUGUAUUGGAAGGGUGUUAUUUACAAGUUGGCAUUGUGAACAAGACAUAACAGUACAUGAAGGUAAUCAUGUCCUUUUUGGCUCCAACACUGUCUGGUUUCUGAACAUCCUCUGGGAUAAUUGUUUUUGUCAUCACUGUUGACGUCAGCUGGCUUUUCAGGACAUCCUUGCUGAUAAAGUACACACAUUAAACCAUCAAUACUAGAAUGGACAUGAACCUUCUAUGAAGGUAUAAAUGGUCAGCCAUUUUGGUAAGCCAUCGGUCAGCCAGUGCUGUGAUAAGAUAUUGUGUAUGAUUUUCAAGUUUAUCUGCACAGUAUGUUUGUUAGCUAGCUAGCCAGACAUUUUAAGUGUAAUGAUUCUUUGCCAACAUUCCAUACAAACAAUGCAGUCAAUCCACAGCCAUACACUGGCUGAAAUCAGUUGAUGAUAGGACUUAGACAAGUUGUUAAUGCAACAAGUACUGUAUCAUAUUAUAACACUUUCCAAGAAAGAAAAAAACUGUUUACAUAGAUUUUAGAGGCUAUUUAUACAGAAAAUAGGUAUAAAACCUGUGGAAACUGUUUACGAUUAUAUGAAAAUAUUUUAGAUUGACAAUUCUAUUACACAAUUUCUGAUAACAUGUGCCUGACUUUUUUCCCCCUGUAUAAGUAAAAGCAGAAAAUGUGUAACCUAUGCCUGUACUGUACAGAAUGGGUGGCAAGAAAUAAGUUAUUCCCAAAUAUUUCAAAAACUAAAAGCAUUGUAUUUGGGACAAAUCAUUCACUAAACCCUAAACCUCUCCUGAGUGGCGCAGUGGUCUAAGGCACUGCAUCGCAGUGCUAACUGUGCCACUAGAGAUCCUGGUUAGAAUCCAGGCUCUGUCGCAGCAGGCCGCGACCGGGAGACUCAUGGGCGGCGCACAAUUGGCCCAGCGUCGUCCAGGGUAGGGGAGGGAAUGGCCGGCAGGGAUGUAGCUCAGUUGAUAGAGGAUUGCGUUUGCAACGCCAGGGUUGUGGGUUCGAUUCCCAUGGGGGGCCAGUAUAAAAAAAUAAUGAAAAAAAAUAAAAUAAAAAAUUGUAUUCACUAACUGUAAGUCGCUCUGGAUAAGAGCGUCUGCUAAAUGUAAAAUGUAACUAAAUCUUGUAAUGAAUAAUGUGGAAAUGUACAGUGGGGAAAAAAAGUAUUUAGUCAGCCACCAAUUGUGCAAGUUCUCCCACUUAAAAAGAUGAGAGAGGCCUGUAAUUUUCAUCAUAGGUACACGUCAACUAUGACAGACAAAUUGAGAGAAAAAAAUCCAGAAAACACAUUUAUUUGCAAAUUAUGGUGGAAAAUAAGUAUUUGGUCACCUACAAACAAGCAAGAUUUCUGGCUCUCACAGACCUGUAACUUCUUCUUUAAGAGGCUCCUCUGUCCUCCACUCGUUACCUGUAUUAAUGGCACCUGUUUGAACUUAUCAGUAUAAAAGACACCUGUCCACAACCUCAAACAGUCACACUCCAAACUCCACUAUGGCCAAGACCAAAGAGCUGUCAAAGGACACCAGAAACAAAAUUGUAGACCUGCACCAGGCUGGGAAGACUGAAUCUGCAAUAGGUAAGCAGCUUGGUUUGAAGAAAUCAACUGUGGGAGCAAUUAUUAGGAAAUGGAAGACAUACAAGAUCACUGAUAAUCUCCCUCGAUCUGGGGCUCCACGCAAGAUCGCACCCCGUGGGGUCAAAAUGAUCACAAGAACGGUGAGCAAAAAUCCCAGAACCAGACGGGGGGACCUUGUGAAUGACCUGCAGAGAGCUGGGACCAAAGUAACAAAGCCUACCAUCAGUAACACACUACGCCGCCAGGGACUCAAAUCCUGCAGUGCUAGACGUGUCCCCCUGCUUAAGCCAGUACAUGUCCAGGCCCGUCUGAAGUUUGCUAGAGUGCAUUUGGAUGAUCCAGAAGAGGAUUGGGAGAAUGUCAUAUGGUCAGAUGAAACCAAAAUAGAACUUUUUGGUAAAAACUCAACUCGUUGUGUUUGGAGGACAAAGAAUGCUGAGUUGCAUCCAAAGAAUACCAUACCUACUGUGAAGCAUGGGGGUGGAAACAUCAUGCUUUGGGGCUGUUUUUCUGCAAAGGGACCAGGACGACUGAUCCGUGUAAAGGAAAGAAUGAAUGGGGCCAUGUAUCGUGAGAUUUUGAGUGAAAACCUCCUUCCAUCAGCAAGGGCAUUGAAGAUGAAACGUGGCUGGGUCUUUCAGCAUGACAAUGAUCCCAAACACACCGCCCGGGCAACGAAGGAGUGGCUUCGUAAGAAGCAUUUCAAGGUCCUGGAGUGGCCUAGCCAGUCUCCAGAUCUCAACCCCAUAGAAAAUCUUUGGAGGGAGUUGAAAGUCUGUGUUGCCCAGCGACAGCCCCAAAACAUCACUGCUCUAGAGGAGAUCUGCAUGGAGGAAUGGGCCAAAAUACCAGCAACAGUGUGUGAAAACCUUGUGAAGACUUACAGAAAACGUUUGACCUGUGUCAUUGCCAACAAAGGGUAUAUAACAAAUUAUUGAGAAACUUUUGUUAUUGACCAAAUACUUAUUUUCCACCAUAAUUUGCAAAUAAAUUCAUUAAAAAUCCUACAAUGUGAUUUUCUGGAUUUCUUUUUAAGUGGGAGAACUUGCACAAUUGGUGGCUGACUAAAUACUUUUUUUCCCCACUGUAUAUGCAAUAUCUAAAUCUGGCUUCUCUACAGCCUGUGCAUGAUGAAUCAACGCUCAGGGUGGGGACAGACCCAUCUCAGUAUGGAGCGCAGUUCACAAUGCAUGUAGACCUAUCAUCUCAGUAUGGGAACUUUUUUUCUUGUGACAUGUAGGCCUACAUUUGCUGCAGCAUAACCUAUGCUACAGUAAUAUAAAGACAGAAUGCCCCUCUAAUUUACCCAUCUCCAUCUGGCUUUCGGGGGUCACCUUGUUUUUUAAUUGUAAAGAUUAUUUGAUUUUUAUUGCAGCUGCAGAGUUUUAAAACAGCCUAUCACUUGAAUAUUGUUGCUUUAAAUCGGUGCACGCAAGAGCAUUCUUUCUCUCUCUCCAUCAACUCCAUUUAAAUGUAAUCCAAAAUAGAUGAUCCUGUUCUAGAUUGAUAUAUAGCCCUAUAUAUAUGUCCUAGCCUACCUCUUUCAGGUAAUACAUUCAAUGCAGUUUUAGCCUUAUAUUUAGCCUAUUAAGGAUGGAUUAUGCAUAAUAAGCUUCUAAUUUAUAGCCUCUGUCUCUUGCGCAAUACGCAAGCACCUGUGCUCCGCUGGCCUCUCCUUAAAAAAACGCUCCUUAGCUCAUGGAUUCCCAUGCAGGAAAAGCUAGACUAGAAUAGCUUGCUGGACAUUAUUAAAUUUUUUGCAUUUCUUAUACCAAUAGACUAUUCGAAGAGGGACGCAAGCUCUUUUUUGCUGAAUGUUAAAUACAGCAGCCAAUAAAACUCACGGGUAGUUUGAAAGAAGAGCGAACGCAUGAUGGCGGUAGGCUAUAGCAGUUAUUUAACCAUUCAAUCUUCGUGAAGAGAAGUGAAAUCCUUUUGCAUUUAACUCUAGUUCUAUAUUAUUCAAGGAUGUCAUUAGAAUGAUGAAGAUAAGGACAACAAAACUUUAUUUCAUUUAACUGUUGAAAGUGAGGAAGGAAUGAAGCAACAAUAGAGAGCGAAAGAGCACGUAGGCUAAUAACAUUAGGGGAAAUAUUAUGAAAGGUAUACACUACCGUUCAAAAGUUUGGGGUCACUUAGAAAUGUCCUUGUUUUUGAAAGAAAAGCAAUUUUUUUGUCCAUUUAAAAUAACAUCAAAUUGAUCAGAAAUAAAGUGUAGACAUUGUUAAUGUUGUAAAUGGCUAUUGUAGCUGGAAACGGCUGAUUAAAAAAAAAAAAAAAAGGAAUAUCUACAUAGGCGUACAGAGGCCCAUUAUCAGCAACCAACAGUCCUGUGUUCCAACGGCACGUUGUGUUUGCUAAUCCAAGUUUAUCAUUUUAAAAGGCUAAUUGAUCAUUAGAAAACCCUUUUGCAAUUAUGUAGGCAAAGUCAUAUCUCAGACUGCCCAUCUUAAUCUUUUAUUUUUAUUGGCCAGUCUGAGUUAUGGCUUUGUCUUUGCAACUCUGCCUAAAAGGUCAGCAUCCCGGAGUCGCCUCUUCACUGUUGACGUUGAGACUGGUGUUUUGCGGGUACUAUUUAAUGAAGCUGCCAGUUGAGGACCUGUGAGGCGCCUGUUUCUCAAACUAGACAUUCUAAUGUAUUUGUCCUCUUGCUCAGUUGUGCACCGGGGCCUCCCACUCCUCUUUCUAUUCUGGUUAGAGACAGUUUGUGCUGUUCUGUGAAGGGAGUAGUACACAGCGUUGUAUGAGAUCUUCAGUUUCUUGGCAAUUUCUCGCAUAGAAUAGCCUUCAUUUCUCAGAACAAGAAUAGACUGAUGAGUUUCAGAAAAAAGUUUUGUUUCUGCCCAUUUUGAGCCUGUAAUCGAACCCACAAUUGCUGAUGCUCCAGAUAUUCAACUAGUCUCAAGAAGGCCAGUUGUAUUGCUUCUUUAAUCAGCACAACAGUUUUCAGCUGUGCUAACAUAAUUACAAAAGGGUUUUCUAAUGAUCAAUUAGCCUUUUAAAAUGAUAAACUUGGAUUAGCAAGCACAACGUGCCAUUGGAACCCAGGACUGAUGGUUGCUGAUAAUGGGCCUCUGUACGCCUAUGUAGAUAUUCCAUAAAAAAUCAGCCAUUUCCAGCUACAAUAGCCAUUUAUAACAUUAACAAUGUCUACACUGUAUUUCUGAUCAAUUUGAUGUUAUUUUAAUGGACAAAAAAUUAGCUUUUCUUUCGAAAACAAGGACAUUUCUAAGUGACCCCAAACUUUUGAACAGUAGUGUUUAUGCAUCAGCCUCUACUAAUUAUACAAAUAGGCCGUAUUAUAUUUCAAAAUCAAAUUCACUAGCCUAUACUUGUAACUUUGUAGGCCACAUGUGCUGCACCAGAAUCGCAUGUUCUCUGCUGCUUUAUCGUGUUUUGAACGAUGUGCAUAAUUCCAGUGCAUAUAAUACAGUACAGUAAUACAGUUCACACUCAAAAAUAUUAGCCUACUGGAGCUAUUUCAUUUAUUUACCCAAGAGAGCAUAUAGCGAGCUACAUCUAUGGGCUUAUAUCAUAUAGUAUAUGUAUUGUAUAACGGCACAAUCAUUUGGGCUUUUUUGGGCUUGGGCUCAUUAAAUGUUGUUAAUGUGGGGCUCAUAAAAUGUAUUUAAUAUAUGGCUCAUCAGGCUUUAUAAUGCUUUUGAAUGACACUUCAGGUUUUGGCAGGAAAUACCGGGUUACCCGGGAGAAAAUGAUUUAUUUUCAGGAUGGAACAUUUGUAAAAUACCGGGAAAGUAUUCAACCAUAAUAAGCAACAUGUAAAUGGAGCCUUUUUUUGCUGGCGGGCUAUGAGAACUCCCCCAUGUUGUGUUCUGAUUACAAGAAGAACUGUUCCCUGUUCACAUCUUUAUAGCAUAUUGUUCCAACAGCUUCCCUGCCUAUUUAUAUUCAGUAGUUUGCUUGUACCCUCUCUGGGCUCCCCCACUGCGCUCUGACAAUGGUAGUCCUGGGGGAAGGUACAGUGGACACACACACACACAGCGUCUCUACACCAGAACAGCAGGUCUCUGAGUUGGCGAAGCGUAGUCUGGAGGCGGUUGUCCUGGACAUGAGCACACACAGGAAGGGGUCCAGACAGCUGUGGAAGCAGCACAGACACACUGCAGCACUGGAGUACACAUACAUCCCGUCCUCUCCACUUGUGGACAGCCUCACAUAGUGGGCAAUAUGGAGGAUGCCACUGGGAGCGAAACACACAGUGAAGAUGAGGAAGACCAGUGUACUGACCCUGAUGAAAGGUGUCCAGUCGAGGCCUGAGCGACCCAGGUGCCACACCACCGCCACAUGGGUCCAGACACAGGUCACAAAUGGCACAAGGAACCCUAAACAGACCAGUGCCAGCCUGUAGGGAACCAGCAGGGCAUGGGAGUCCUCCUCCAGGGGCAGUAUGUCAUGGCAGGUGAUGAGGCCCAUACGGGGCAGCAGGAAGCUCUGCCUCACCAGGAGCUCUGGUACCACAGCUGCUCCAAACAGGCCCCACACACCCAGGCUUGCCCCCAGCGCCCAGGCCUUCUUGGGCAGCCGACUGUAGAGGAAGGGCCUCACAACGGCCAGGUAGCGCUUAAGGCUGACGCACGCAAUGGUGUGGGCAGAGCAGUAGACGUUGCCGUAGAAACAGGCGGUGAUGACGCGGCAGGCCGCCUCGCCAAACACCCAGUUGUUUCCGUUGAGGUGGUAGUGGAUGCGGAGGGCCAGGGAGAGCAGGAGGAGCAGGUCGGAGAGGGCCAGGCUCAGGUAGAAGACAGCCGUGGAGUAGGACCUGACCCGGAGCCUCAGGAAGGCCAGGAUGAAAGCGUUGGAGGGGACGCCCACUGCCAUGGCUAGGAGGUAGGCUGAGGGGAUGAGCCUGGUGCUGAGGAGCCCCGUGGUGUAGGUUGCUGCAGGGUCCUCCAGCCUCACGUCCAGCCCAGGGGCCCCAGGGGACAGCAGGACCUGGUUGGGGGGCCCUGCCUCAGCUGUACAGUUGGACUGGUAUCUCCUGCCGUUGAACGUCUUUGGUUUCAACACAUCUGGGACCGUUAUUUUUGUCUUGUUGAGUUUCUCCUCUGUUUGUGGAAAAAUAGGGGGAAUAACAUUUCCAUAGAUCUUAAUUCAGUUUUACACUUUGAAUACAUAGCGAUGAAACACAGUAUAAAAUUGAAAUGUUGUUUUAAAGUUAGUUGUCUCAAAAUUCUGUUUUAAAACAUGUAUGAUGAUUUAGACAAUUCAUUCAAGAAUGUGACCAAAUGUGACAGUAUACUGGGGGAAGAGGGAAUCUUCAUGUGUAUUGUCAAGCUGAAUACUUUCUGCCAAACAUUUUGUUAGAGAAAACAUGUCUUGUUUUCCUGUUGGAGUGGAAACGGAACUGUUCAACCCAGCCUGAAGAACUGACAAACAGCUUUACCAAGUGGAUAGAAAGUCCCAAAUGUAAUAUGAGUUCCCGAGGUUAAGGUUCUUAGAGAUUCUAUAAAAUCCUAAGGAGAAAUGUAAAAAGAAAUGAACUUACCAUUGUCCUGGAGAGACAGUCCUACCAACAGACAGAAGAGUUUCCCAGACAGUAGGUUUGCCAUGUCUUUCUCCUAUCUCCUCCACGUGAUUAUCCCUGUAUUAUUCCAACUAAAAGUCCUCUAGUUCUUCAGUAGACCUGCUAUAGGCUAGUUGUCUACUAGCAGGAUCAACAACUAGUAGGAUCAUCUGGCCAUCCAGACUGCUGGUUCAUAUGGUCAGACAGGCUACUGUGCUGUAAGUCCACACUCCGAUAGUGUUAACACUGAACCAUGAGGCUGUAUGCAUUUUGUGUGUGUAUAGUGUUUUUCCUGUCCAGGCUUGAAACUGAAUUCCUGAUCUCUGUGUCAGCCGCUAUUUGCUGAUUUGUUGUAGUGGGAGAAGGUAUCCGCUAUUUGCUGAUUCGUUGUAGUGGGAGGAGACACCCUAAUAGUUUACAGUUUGUUCAUUUCUCACUUUGGUUUUAUCCCUUGGUGUUCUAUUAUGCCAUUCCCAGGAAGACCCUCAGCUGUUUCAAUGUUAUGGGUUUAUUGUGACUGAAGAUCUUCUUGACUAAUAAAAAAUGACUAGCCUAAUGUUAGAGGAACAAGAUUGACUCGUGUUAAACUUAAGUCACAAGAUUGACAGCUUGGGUAACAUCAAACAAACUGUUGGGUUUUAAGCAUCCUACUUCUCCAAAGUUCCUGGAACAGUUUCCAUUAACCUAGUUUGACCUUCAAUUUGCCACUUAAGUCACACACAUUUUGAUUACACAUUAUUGGAAACUAUAAUUUUCAAGUUAGAAGGUAUGGAAAAAUAUGUUCCUAUUCAGUUUCGGUCUUCAUUUUUGUGCUUGUAUGUACAUUAUUUGCAUGUCCUAAAGCUAUUAAUAUACUGUACGUUCAGGGGGGAAUUUUCUGGUCAAAAUCAGAUCCACUUCAUGGCAGAAACCAAGGGGGCGUGUUUUCUCUUUACUUCCUUCCUGCCUUUUUGUGUGGUUGGGGAGAAUAAACAUUCAGUGAGGUUUCUCUGCUAUUUUAGGUGGUGUUUGUGUUUGAGCCCCCACGACCAAUGUUGUGGACUGAGCUGAAGAUGUGUUGGCCACUAACUAACAAUCAGUGUUUUAACAUUUUCCCUCAGGUCUUACCUCUGGACACAGAGGAAAUGGUAGAGCUUCUUGUUCAUGCUGGCGCUGUUUUCAUAGCUGUUAAUAUGCUUCAUACCUGGGUUUCAAAUACUUGAAAAAUCUUUACAAAUACUUUAUCUGUGCCUGUUUGAGCUUGCAUGGCUUAAUAAACCAAUAGAGAAGACCCGGAAAUGCUAACCCUGUCCAUUUGGCACUCUAGACAGACUCAAGCCUGGAGUGCUCAAACUAUUUGAAAUGAUUUUGUAUUUGAACCCAGGUAUUAUUUAUUUUCUUUGUUGCUUUGAAAUACCAUGUACAACAACUGUACAUGUGCUGUCUUGGUUAGUGCUUGGAAAAAUAACAUUCAGUUAGGGCUCAAUCCUAACUUGAGAUCUGUGGUCCUAGCUCAAGCGCUAAAAUUACAAGAAAGUUAUAAUUAUGUGUGAACAUCUCAAGCUAGAAUUUGGCAUUGCAUUGUGUAGAUUGUCAAUGUUUUUGUUUGUGUGGUCUACCACUCUGAAAAGUAGAGAUUGACUCUCUGUAUGUGUCUGUGACUCCAGAGCUCGGGGGAUGAGUCUGCUGUGUUGUGGCUCAACCAGAUCCAAGAAGGCAUACACACAGCCAACCAAGAUGAAGAGGAAGCUCUCACAUGUAGGCACACCAUGCUCACUCACGACCAUAUGUUCGAAAACCAUGAACAAAUAAUAUCUUAGAAGUUCUUCACAUCACCAUUCAAAUGUCAUAACUUGAACCACUGGAUAAGAGCGUCUGUUAAAUGACCAAAAUGUAAAAUGUCAUAACUGUUCCUGUGUGUGUUUCGUCUGUGGCAGUGGCUGGAGCAGUGGCAGACAUCAACAGGGAGGUGGCGGAGGGGGACUCCCAGACCACCCUGCAGGCCCUCCAAUCACCCCUUGCAGGGCUGAGAGGGGUUCUGUCUGAGUGUGCAGACACCUACCAGACACAGCUGGGCCAGUUCCAGGACCUCAACGCUACCACUGGUAACCUGGCAUACAAUCGGCUUUAUAGUCUGCUUAUUACUCAUUUGUAAUACACUAACAGACUAAAGAAUCGUUUAUGGAUGUUUGUUCUCUCGUCAAGACGACACCAUUGAAGACAUUACCCUCCCAACUUGUCCUAACGUGUAACGUCAAAUAAUGCAUUUGGAGAUUAGGAUGGUCUCAGGUUAGGAUUCAUCCCUAUUCAGGAUUCCUCCCUAAGUGUAUGAUGUUGAGGUUUUCUUUCCUCUGUAGCAGGCAGCAGUGAGAGUGUGUGGGUGAAACACCAGAUCAAGGGAGGUUAUGACUACUACUACAACCUGGAGAGCAGAGAGGGGACCUGGGAGGAACCAGAGGACUUCACACACAACAGCACACAGCUCAGCAGAGAGGAAAUACAGGUACAUGCGCACACCUGCUUGUAUGUUGGAUAAAUACGCUUCUACGUUAUAACUGAUGAAAAUAUGUUACUUAAAACGUUGGGACAAUGUACAAAUAACAUUCUCAUACCAAAUUACACUUCACCAUAGACCACAUAAGUUCAAAGUAAUGUAUAAUGCAUUACAACACUAUGAGUAUUCAUGUGUGUGUCCCCUGAUCAGAGUGUGGUUGGAGGUGUGACAGCGGAGUAUAACAGGGAACAGUUAUGGUUGGCCAACGAGGCCCUGGUAAUUCAGCUACAGGCUCGGGUUAGAGGUUACCUGGUGAGGAGAGCUCAUGCCCAGAGACUGGACUACCUACGACAACAAGAACCACACGUGGUUCGACUACAGGUACUAUACUGUGUCAUAGGUUCUACACCGACCGGUUUGUUAAGUCAAACAGUGAUUUCAUAUCUACAGUUAACAUUCAUGUACCGCUUUUGUAGUUUACUCACAAACACUGUAAACACACAUGGACGGAGCUGGUUCUGAUUUAGAUUUCCUCAUGUUUAUAUCUAGGCCUCCUGGAAGGGCUAUAAACAGAAGAAGAUAUACAAAGACAGAAUAAAUGUGCUUCAAAGCAACGUGGGGACUGUCGUCAAGGUAACGAGUUAGAUUUGGGGCUGUGAGCCUUAUUGGAAAGAGAAAACAUUAGUUUGAAACGGUGAGAAAGGAAGUGUCAAUAAUCAGGAGAUAAGUCAAGCAGUUUCAUCUCAACAAAAACACACAGUUACCCGUUGCUAACAUUGUUGUAUUCCUUCUGGUCCAGCUUCAGUCGUUCGUUAAAAUGUGGAGAGCCAAAAGUAAAUACUCUCAAAGACUGCAGUAUUUCAAAGACCACGUGAGUAACAAAGUACCUACAUUACAAAUGAGGAGUUAUGGAUUAAUAUUAUAUCAUAUUAUUCCUCAGUGAUAUUUGCCAAAGCUUGAUUCCCUUCUGUCUUGUUUGUAUGUUCAGGAGAAAGACAUAGUGAAGAUCCAGGCUUUCCUCAAGGCUAACAAAGCCAGAGACGACUACAGAACACUCAGUGAGUUCAGACAGCAUUUAAUAUGUCACACAGUUUUAAAGAAGUCACCGUUUCAGACAGAGAAGGAACUACCUGAACCUCUCUGAUACAAUUGCAAUGUUCAUUUGUUUAUUUUUUAAACGUUUUUAUGUGUCUGUCUGUGUCCGUCUUUCUGUUUGUCUGUCUGUCUAUGUGUGUCUGCCCUGUAGCCGGGGCCCAGGACCCUCCUCUGUCGGUGGUGCGUAAGUUUGUCCACCUGCUGGAGCAGAGCAGCCUGGACCUGCUGGAAGAACAGGAAGUGACACGGCUCAGGGAGGAAGUGGUCACUAAGAUCCGCUCCAAUCAGCAGAUGGAGAAAGACCUCAACCUGAUGGACAUUAAGAUCGGCCUGCUGGUCAAGAACAGGAUAACCCUACAGGUGACAUUUAUAGUUUUACACACCGAGGGAAAAUGACUGACAAAACAAUGCUUUUCAACACAACUGAGAAACUAUGCUUAUAAACAACAGUCCUGCUAAAAUUCCCAGAGCCAUUCCCCUUAUGCUGCUGAUAAGAACUGUUUCUGGAGACGGCGCUUAGUCUGCAAUAGUCAUAGGCCUGCUCAGAUACUUGGAUAAUGCAUCCCUCUUCCCUGUCAUCCCUGUUAUCACUGAUCAAACACAACUGGAUAGGAGAGCAGGGCCGUUUUCAUGCCGCCUACUGUCCAUCUUCCCAGGAUGUGGUGUCCCACAGUAAGAAGCUGACGGUGAAGAAGAGUAAAGAGGAGCUGGCUGCAGGGGACAGGCAGGGCAUCAAGGCACUGAGCAAAGACAAGAGGAAGAAACUAGAGGCUUACCAGCACCUCUUCUACCUGCUGCAGGUGAGUUCGAAACACAGACACACUAAGACGCGCGCGCGCGCGCACACACACACACACACACACACACACACACUCUACCUCAAUCUCAUCUCCUCUCCACAGACCAACCCUUCGUACCUGGCCAAGUUAAUCUUCCAGAUGCCCCAGAACAAAUCUACUAAGUUCAUGGACACCGUGAUCUUCACCCUGUAUAACUACGCCUCCAACCAGAGAGAGGAAUACCUGCUGCUCAAACUCUUCAAGACCGCUCUGGAGGAGGAGAUCAAGUGAGUGGAACUUUUACUUGUCCCAAAUCGUAUACCUCCCUUAUACAGUUACUACAGAUGGUCUAGCCUGGGUGCCAUUGUUUCUCUGCACUCAUGUAGCCUAGGCCAUUUGUCUGAUAAGGCAACGAUGUACAGUAGAACUGUUGAGUGCAACAGACCGUCAACCAGGCUACUAGGUAAUCCACGGUCCCCCCUAGUUCAUAACUCAAGGAUCCUCUCCAAUCAUAUACAGAAUUAUAUAUAAUUUGUUCUUAAGUUGUCUGAUGUUUCCUGACUGAAUAUGAAUAUAAAGGAAUAAUAUGGUUGCAUGAUAAAACAUCUAUCUUGCUCUCCCUCAGGUCCAAGGUGGACCAGAUCCAGGACAUUGUGACCGGGAACCCCACGGUCAUCAAGAUGGUGGUGAGCUUCAACCGCGGAGCCCGCGGUCACAACACGCUGAGGCAGCUGCUGGCACCAGUGGUCAAGGAGAUCAUCGAGGACAAGACCCUGGGCAUCAACACCAACCCUGUGGAAGUGUACAAGGCUUGGGUCAACCAGUUGGAGACCAACACUGGAGAGGCCAGGUGGGGUACACAUACAGACACACAACAUGCGUACACUCACACAAAAACACUCACUGACCUUAAUGUUGUCCUACCUCUCUCAGUAAACUGCCUUACGAGGUGACCCCGGACCAGGCCAUGUCACACAAGGAAGUACGUGCCAAGCUGGAGUCCUCCAGUCACGCGCUGCGGACAGCCACAGACAAAGUGCUCAACUCCAUUGUGUCGUCACUGGACAACAUCCCGUAAGUCUAAGGCCUGGUUGGAAUUCUUUAAAAAUUCAUAAUUUUUCCUUCCCUGGUCAAAAGUAGUGCGCUAUAAAGGGAAUAUGGUGCCAUUUGGGAGGCAACCCCAAAGGUGUGUUUAUGGAAGGGUAGACAAAACAGUGCUUAGAGAGGCCAAAGGGUUAGAACCCAUCCAAGUUACAUACAGUGCCUUCGGGAAGUAUUCAGACCCCUUGACUUUUUCCACAUUUUGUUACGUUACAGCCUUAUUCUAAAAUUGAUUUUGAAAAGAUAAUCCUCAGCAAUCUACACACUAUACUCCAUAAUGACAACACGAAAACAGGUUUUUAUUGAGCUCAGGUACAUCCUGUUUCGUUGAGCAUCCUUGAGAUGUUUUUACAACUUAAUUGGAGUCCACCUGGGGUAAAUUCAAUUGAUUGGACAUGCUUUGGAAAAGCACACACCUGUCUAUAUAAGGUCUCACAGUUGACAGUGCAUGUCAGAGCAAAUACCAUGCCAUGAGGGCGAAGGAAUUGUCCGUAGAGCUCCGAGACAGGAUUGUGUCGAGGCACAGAUCUGGGGAAGGGUACCAAAAAAUGUCUGCAGCAUUGAAGGUCCCCAAGAACACAGCGGCCUCCAUCAUUCUUGAAUGGAAGAAGUUUGGAACCACCAAGACUCUUCCUAGAGCUGGCCGCCCGGCCAAACUGAGCAAUCGGGGGAGAAGAGCCUUGAUCAGGGAGGUGACAAAGAACCCGAUGGUCACUCUGACAAAGCUCUAGAGUUCCUCUUUGGAGAUGGGAGAAACUUCCAGAAGGACAACCAUCUCUGCAGCACUCCACCAAUCAGGCCUUUAUGGUAGAGUGGCCAGACAGAAGCCACUCCUCAGUAAAAGGCUUGGAGUUUGCCAGCGGCAGGGACUGGGAGACAGGAUCGAGGCAAAGAUGAACGGAGCAAAGUACAGAGAUCCUUGAUGAAAACCUGCUCCAGAGCGCUCCGGACCUCAGACUGGGGCGAAGGUUCACCUUCCAACAGGACAAUGACCCUAAGCACACAGCCAAGACAACGCAUGAGUGGCUUCGGGACAAGUCUCUGAAUGUCCUUGAGUGCCCAGCUAGAGCCUGGACUUGAACCCGAUCGAACAUCUCUGGAGAGACCUGAAAAUAGCUGUGCAGCGACGCUCCCCAUCCAACCUGACAGAGCUUGAGAGGAUCUGCAGAGACGAUUGGGAGAAACUCAGGUGUGCCAAGCUUGUAGCGUCAUACCCAAGAAGACUCAAUGCUGAGUACUGAGUAAAGGGUCUGAAUACUUAUAUAGAUUUGAUAUUUCCGUUUGUUUUUUUUAAUUAAUUAAUUAAAAGUGAAGUUGUCUGAUGUUCUUAAGUUGUCUGAUGAAGUUGACAACUUCAUCAGACAACUUUAUUCAGCAAACAUUUCUAAAAACCUGCUUUUGCUUUGUCAUUAUGGGUUAAUGUGGGAUAAAAUAAGGCUGUUGCCUAACAACAUGUGGAAAAGGUCAAAGGGUAUGAAUACUUUCCGAAGGCACUGUAGCUACUGGUUUAGACAACUGUUGAAUCCAUACUCUGCAGUGCUCAAUAUACUCCACAGGGGGGCACCACAGUGUUAUUUUACACAACAGACCAAAAUACACCCCUCAUUUUAUAAAUGGUCAUGGUCCCCUGCAUUUUAUAUUGAUGCGCCCUAUCAUUUGUGCAUCAUUUCACUGUGUUUUGUAUAUUUGUAAUGCAUGCUGGUUUCACAUCUUGUCCAUGUUUUUUUUUGUUGUGCAUGUAGCUAUGGCAUGAGAUACAUUGCGAAGGUCCUGAAAAAUGCACUUCAUGAAAAGUUCCCCGACGCUACAGAGGAUGAGUUGUUGAAGGUAUAAGGCUUAAGUAUUACAUCUCAUGAAUGUUCUCUCAUUUGCCAUUCAUACACCUUCCAUUCAUGUUGCUCGUAUUGGUUUGUUAAUAUCAAGUUCCUUUAGUGUUCCCUGACACUGUAGUCCCCAUGCGUAUAAUUCAGCAACUCCAGUUUGCACUGAUUAAUACAGGUCCUUAUGACAGCCCUUUGUGACACCAUGAAGAUACGUUUAACUGAGUGUGUGUGUGUGUGUCUCGGCUGUCAGAUUGUAGGGAACCUGCUCUACUAUCGCUACAUGAACCCAGCCAUAGUGGCUCCGGACGGCUUCGACAUCAUCGACAUGUCAGCCGGAGGUCAGCUCCACUCUGACCAGCGUCGUAACCUGGGCUCCGUGGCAAAGAUGCUGCAGCACGCUGCCGCCAACAAGCUGUUCGAGGGAGAGAAUGCCCACAUGACCCCCAUGAACAACUAUAUCUCCCAGACCUACCAGAAGUUCAGGUGAGAGUAAAGAACUACAACUCCCAAGCCUCUUGGCUGAGGUUCAGGUAAGAUGGGUCUGGGAGUUGUCAUUUUUCGAUCUGCAGGCCCAUUGAGAGAGAACAUUUUUUCUUAUUCACAAGGGUUGGCCUGCACUAUGUGCUGCGCAGACUGUUUACUGCAGCACUUUAUUUAUAUUUAUUUGAUCUUUAAGUUCCCUCAAACCUCCAAGCUGUGCAUUCUAUCAUUAUUAUGGAAAGAUGUGUGAACCUCUGUAGCGCCUGGCUCAGCCCGACGCUCGUGAGCAAACAAAACCUCUAACCCAAAACAGCUGUUGGGUAGCAGACCUCUAGGACUAAAACUGUCACCAUGUUUUGUAAUGUUACAUUCACUCCGGGUAGAGCUGCUCCUGAGACUGCCAUGUAUAGAGGAAUGUGCCAUCUAAUAAAGCAGAAGGGGAUGAGAUAAGAAAAAGAGCGGGCUGUAGCGAUAAACGCUUGGGAGGUCACAGGGAGGUCAGUGCAGGGUUAAGUUGACAUGGAAGCAGAGGUGAGCCAGGAGAAAGAGGAAGUGUCUUUGUGUGAAAGUGCAGUGUCAGCAAGGAAGAUAGGGUAGAUGUCUUCACUAAAACUCAAUACCACACACAGAGAGAGAGAGAGAGGGAGAGCGAGAGAAAGGGACAAAGGGUUGUGUUCCCUGAAUUCUCUGCCCCUCCCUCAUACAGCAUUGACAUAUCUUUACUGGAAAUCAGUUUGAACUCCAGCCACUAUUAAAAAAAGCAAAGACAAAACCCUGAUUCAACAGGAUAUGUUUUGUCUUUAAAGGGAAAUUCUGCCACUUUUCAACCUCACUAAGUAUCUUCAACACCAUACUAGUCUCUACAUAUGUGAAAACGGCGCGUUUCUAUGAUCUGUGGUUAAAAAGAUAAGAAGAAAAGUCAGUAAAAACCCCUUCUCUGUGACAUCACAGGGUAGGAUUAAAAGUAAUACAAAUGAUCAGUUUCUAGCCAGAAGGAGGGUAUUUUCUUGCUCCACAAGUCACCAACAAUCUGUGUUUGAAAAUCAUUGAUGUCAUCGGGUAGAAACGUAGAAAUGCACUGUUUUCACAUGUAGACACUGGUAUUGUGCUGGAGAUAAUGAAAAUUAGAUUGUAAAGGGGUGGAAUUGCCCUCAAAGCCUUAAUGUUUUUGAAAUCUUUGAUAAAACACUACAUGAUCAAAAGUAUGUGGACACCUGCUCGUCAAACACUCAUUCCAAAAUCACGGGCAUUAAUAUGGAGUUGGUCCGCCCUUUGCUACUAUAACAGCCUCCACUCUCCUGGGAAGGCUUUCCACUAGAUGUUGGAACAUUGCUACGGGGACUUGCUUCCAUUCAGCCACGAGCAUUAGUGAGGUCGUGCGAUUAGGCCUGGCUCGCAGUUGUUGUUCCAAUUCAUCCCAAAGGUGUUUGAUGGGGUUGAGGUCAGGUCUCAGUGCAGGCCAGUCAAGUUCUUCCACACCGAUCUCGACAAACCAUUUCUGUAUAGACCUCACUUUGUGCACGGGGGCAUUGUCAUGAAACAGGAAAGGGCCUUCCCCAAACUGUUGCCACAAAGUUGGAAGCACAGAAUCGCCUAGAAUGCCAUUGUAUGCUGUAGCGUUAAGAUUUCCCUUCACUGGAAUUAAGGGGCCUUGCCCAAACCAUGAAAAACUACUUUACAGUUGGCACUAUGCAUUCGGGCAGGUAGCGUUCUACUGGCAACCGCCAAACCCAGAUUUGUCUGUCGGACUGCCAGAUGGUGAAACGUGAUCAAUCACUCCAGAGAACGCAUUUCCACUGCUCCGUAUGCUCCAGCUUUACACCACUCCAGCCGACGCUUGGCAUCAUUACGCAUGGUGAUCUUAGGCAUGUGUGCGGCUGCUCGGCCAUGGAAACACAUUUCAUGAAGCUACCGACGAACAGUUACUGGAACUCAGUAGUGAGUGUUGCAACCGAGGACAGAAGAUUUUUACACACUACGAGCUUCAGCACUCGCCGGUCCUGUUCUAUGAGCGUGUGUGGCCUACCACUUCGCGGCUGAGCCGUUGUUGCGCCUAGACGUUUCCACUUCACAAUAACAGCACUUACAGUUGACCAGGGCAGCUCUAGCGGGGCAGAAAUUUGACGAACUGACUUGUUGGAAAGGUGGCAUCCUAUGACGGUGCCACGUUCAAAGUCACUGAGCUCUUCAGUAAGGCCAUUCUACUGCCAAUGUUUGUCUAUGGAGAUUGCAUGGCGGUGUGCUCAAUUUUAUACACCUGUCAGCAACGGGUGUGGCUGAAAUAGUCAAAUCCACUAAUUUGAAGGGGUGUCCACAUACUUUUGUAUAAAUAUCUUCAGAGAUGAUUAAUGAUUAUUACUACUACCCAUUUGUCCAGUAAUCUUCCUGGUGAGGUAAAAAACCAACAAAAUGCUUUGAUCCUGUCUUUCAGGGUGUUUUUCCAGGCGGCGUGUGACGUCCCUGAGCCGGAGGAGAAGUUUAACGUGGAUGAGUACUCUGACAUGGUGACUCUGUGCAAGCCUGUCAUCUACAUCUCUAUAGAUGAGAUCAUCAACACACAUUCGGUAAGCCCAGACUAUCUGUGCAUCGCAAAUGGCACCCUAUUCCCUUUAUAGUGUAUUACAUUUGGCCAGAGCUCUAUGGGCCCUGGUCAAAAGUAGUGCACUAUAUAGGGAAUAAAGUGCCAUUUGGGACGUGACCUUGGACUCUCUGGAACCUAUGAAAAGAGCUCUCUCUGCUUUUCCUUCCCCCUCUCUUCUAGUCUCCCUCUUCCCAUCUCGCUCUCCUUUUCUCCUCCACUUCCUUCUUUCCCCAUCUCCUCUCCAUCUCCUGGGUAUGAGAGGGGUGAUGGUGACAGACCUCUCGUGUAUAAAGGAGGACAUCAGAGGUUCUUGUAGCCAAAUGUCUCAGAUGUUGACAUACUUUUUGGCGACGUUAGUUUCACUCUCCGCUCACCUCACCCACAGGGCUUACAAACACAACAAUGGACAUGACGUACAUUGUACCCCACUGACAGACAUGCUCAGCUUUUAUCUUGCAGUUACAGAGUUUAGGAUUUCCUUACUGCAGCUUUGACACACACACACACACACACACACACAAUAAUAAACAGAGAAUACAAUAUUUUACAGUAAAGUCUCAAUACAUGAACGAAAUACAUCCCCAGGGAGGAUGAGAUGAAUGGAGGGACGGAUGGAUGACCCCCUCUUACACCCCCUCCUAGCACAGCUGUGUCCAUUGCCAUAGGAAGGCAAUGGACGUCCUAUCAUUAUCAAUCUCCACGUAAGGAGGAAGAGAGGGCUGAGCUUGGUAUUACUGUAGAGCUGGAUGUCUCUAUAAAGACUGGGUGGACAUCAAACUGUUAUCACACACAGCAUACAUACAGUGUGGGAUGGAGAGGCCUAGUCUUGGAAUAGUGUGUGUGUGUGUGUGUCUAAAAUAAUCCACCUGUGGUGUGUGUGUGUCCUAGCUAGUGUUGGAGCACCUGGAAGCAAUCUCCCCCGACCACAACGACCUGCUGCAUGAGCUGUUGCAGGACCUAGGGGACAUGCCUGACGUGGAGGCACUGCUGGGUACCACAGACACCCCUCACCCUGCUUCCUACACCCCCCACACUAUACCUCCUACACCCCUCAGUUCCCCUUCAUCCCUGCCUCACAGACACCCCUCACCCUGCUUCCUACAACCCCCCACACUAGACCUCCUCCACCCCUCAGUUCCCCUUCAUCCCUGCCUCAGACACCCAACAUUAUAAAUUACAACACUGUGAGAUCCAUUUACAGUACAGGGCUGAAUCCUAAUUUGAAAAUAAGAGUUUGUUACACAAACUUCUGUGUGAAUCAUGUAAGUCUUUGACCCACAGUCUCAGAAUGAGUAUAAAGUAUGCCCUUCUCCAGUAGGACUGACAAAAGUACACAUUAGCUCUUGUACCAGGAACCAGCCUGCAGGGAUAGCUAAACAUAUUUCUCUGAUCUCCAGGUGAAGGAGCGGUGGAUCCUAACAACCCCAACAAAGAGAGCACCCUGAGUCAGAUGGCUAAGACUCAGAUCUCCCUCACCCUCACCAACAAGUUUGAGCUGCCGGAGGGCGAUGACAAGGACACGAAAGGCCUGAUGAUGAAGUAAGACACUGGAUGCGUCCCAAAUGGCACCCUAUUCCACUACAUAGGAAAUAGGGUGCCAUUUGAGACACAUAUUGCUGUCCACCUGGUGUUCUUCUCUAUGAACAAUCUACCCAUUAUUGAUUCUUCAUUAUGGAGGCCCAUUAAAAUCCCAAUACAAUUAAACACACACACGGAGGGACUGCACAGUGAGAGGUUUUGUACUGAGCGAGCAAAAGAAGCCAGAAGAAAGAGUUUAAAUAUGUGUGACGUUCCAGUAGGUUUGAAAAUAACAGAAAGGCCGGCACACUGAAUAUGCUCCCAAUUACCACUUUUAUUGACAACUUCAUGACCUGACAAAGAUCCUUGUGGAUCGAAACGUUGUUAAUAAAGGUGGUAAUUAUGAUCAUAUUCAGUGUGCUGGCCUUUCUGUGCUUUUCAAGUUUCAUUAGCCCAGCACCUAGGAUGUGCGUAUGACCACAGACGUUCCAGUAGGUACAUACAUAAAUAACCACAGUGGCUAUCACUCAGUGACAGCUCUAUGUGCUCUUUCCUGCUCCACUAUCACUUCCUAUCCUGACAGGAAGAGGUUUAGUGGUCAGGGUUAUCUUGCCCAUGGACCUUCUCAUUUUAGAUCAUGUAUUACGCUUCUUUGAGGAAAAGGCUGUGUGUUUAAAAGAUGGCCUCUGUUCUGCUGAUGUGACUGUUUACAUCAUGUUUCCUGUGACAUGAACACCAAUCCAGCCAGUCACAACUGAUCAUGUGGUCAGGAAAACCUCCUGGCCCUACCUAUGAUUCUAUACAUGGCAGCUCUGUUCAUCUGACCUACAGUAGUUGAGGUGAGAAGCUAUGUUAGGGCUCUGUUGUGUCUGUCUCUCUGUGUGUCACUGUGGUCCUGGCCAGUGUCGGACCAGCAUGCACUGGGGCAGGAACCACCCGAGCCACUGCCUGUUCACCCCGCUAUCAUCCAGAAGGCAAGGUCAGUACAGGUGCAUCAAAGCUGGGACAGAGAGAAUGAAAAACAGCUUCUAUCUCAAGGCCAUCAGACUGUUAAAUAGCCAUCACUAGCACAUUAGAGGCUGCUGCUGCCUAUUGAAAUCACUGGCCACUUUAAGGAAUGGAACACUAGUCACUUUAAUAAUGUUUACAUAUCUUGCACUACUCAUCUCAUAUGUAUAUACUGCAUUCUAUUCUAUAAUAUUAUUCUGUAUCUUAGUCCAUGCCGCUCUCUCAUUGCUUGUCCAUAUAUGUAUAUAUUCUUAAAUCCCAUUCCUUACCUUUUUGUGUGUAUUGGGUAUAUGUUGUGAAAUUGUUAGAUAUUACUGCACUGUCAGAGCUAGAAGCACAAGCAUUUCGCUACACCCGCUAUAACAUCUGCUAAACACAUGUAUGUGACAAAUAAAUAAAAAAAAAUACAUUUUUUUGAUUUGAUUUGAAACAGGAAGUGUGACUGAGUGGCGUCAUGCCCUACUGCAGGGUCAGGGAAUGAGACAAUGGGACUGUGGUGUGUGUGUGUGUGUGUGUGUUAACACAGCAAAAUGUUUCCUCUCCCCCUGAGCCUAGAGAGGCCAGAGCUCAACACACUGCCAAUUAUUUUCAAACCAAAUCAACAAGACAGCAUUCACUUACUGUAACAGCUAGCUACAGUGGGGGAAAAAAGUAUUUAGUCAGCCACCAAUUGUGCAAGUUCUCCCACUUAAAAAGAUGCCUGUAAUUUUCAUCAUAGGUACACGUCAACUAUGACAGACAAAUUGAGGAGAAAAAAAUCCAGAAAAUCACAUUGUAGGAUUUUUUAUGAAUUUAUUUGCAAAUUAUGGUGGAAAAUAAGUAUUUGGUCACCUACAAACAAGCAAGAUUUCUGGCUCUCACAGACCUGUAACUUCUUCUUUAAGAGGCUCCUCUGUCCUCCACUCGUUACUUGUAUUAAUGGCACCUGUUUGAACUUGUUAUCAGUAUAAAAGACACCUGUCCACAACCUCAAACAGUCACACUCCAAACUCCACUAUGGCCAAGACCAAAGAGCUGUCAAAGGACACCAGAAACAAAAUUGUAGACCUGCACCAGGCUGGGAAGACUGAAUCUGCAAUAGGUAAGCAGCUUGGUUUGAAUAAAUCAACUGUGGGAGCAAUUAUUAGGAAAUGGAAGACAUACAAGACCACUGAUAAUCUCCCUCGAUCUGGGGCUCCAUGCAAGAUCUCACCCCGUGGGGUCAAAAUGAUCACAAGAACAGUGAGCAAAAAUCCCAGAACCACACGGGGGGACCUAGUGAAUGACCUGCCGAGAGCUGGGACCAAAGUAACAAAGCCUACCAUCAGUAACACUCUACGCCGCCAGGGACUCAAAUCCUGCAGUGCCAGACGUGUCCCCCUGCUUAAGCCAGUACAUGUCCAGGCCCGUCUGAAGUUUGCUAGAGUGCAUUUGGAUGAUCCAGAAGAGGAUUGGGAGAAUGUCAUAUGGUCAGAUGAAACCAAAAUAGAACUUUAAAACUCAACUCGUCGUGUUUGGAGGACAAAGAAUGUUGAGUUGCAUCCAAAGAACACCAUACCUACUGUGAAGCAUGGGGGUGGAAACAUCAUGCUUUGGGGCUGUUUUUCUGCAAAGGGACCAGGACGACUGAUCCGUGUAAAGGAAAGAAUGAAUGGGGCCAUGUAUCGUGAGAUUUUGAGUGAAAACCUCCUUCCAUCAGCAAGGGCAUUGAAGAUGAAAAGUGGCUGGGUCUUUCAGCAUGACAAUGAUCCCAAACACACCGCCCGGGCAACGAAGGAGUGGCUUCGUAAGAAACAUUUCAAGGUCCUGGAGUGGCCUAGCCAGUCUCCAGAUCUCAACCCCAUAGAAAAUCUUUGGAGGGAGUUGAAAGUCCGUGUUGCCCAGCGACAGCCCCAAAACAUCACUGCUCUAGAGGAGAUCUGCAUGGAGGAAUGGGCCAAAAUACCAGCAACAGUGUGUGAAAACCUUGUGAAGACUUACAGAAAACGUUUGACCUGUGUCAUUGCCAACAAAGGGUAUAUAACAAAGUAUUGAGAAACUUUUGUUAUUGACCAAAUGCUUAUUUUCCACCAUAAUUUGCAAAUAAAUUCAUUAAAAAUCCUACAAAGUGAUUUUCUGGAUUUUCUUUCUCAUUUUGUCUGUCAUAGUUGACGUGUACCUAUGAUGAAAAUUACAGGCCUCUCUCAUCUUUUUAAGUGGGAGAACUUGCACAAUUGGUGGCUGACUAAAUACUUUUUUCCACCACUGUAGUAGCAGGCCAAUGUCUGAGCUACACUGUUUAGUUAAAAUUACGUUAAUCCCACAUAUUGUACACAAUCACCCAGUCAGUGCUAUGGUUGAAUGGCGGGAACCCGGUUACCGAGAUUUUCCAGGAUUUACCACCCAAAACCACUCCCUUUUCCCGGGAUAAAUUAUUUACAUGAACAGUAUGGCGUGAAAUGGAACUGUUAAAUUGUAUGCAAUGUCUAAAUCUGGCUUCUCUACGGCCUCUGCAUGAUGAGUCAUCAAAGCUUAUCUAUCCAAAAUAGAUAAUCCUGUUCUAAAUUGAUAUACAGUGCAUUCGGAAAGUAUUCAGACACCUUGACUUUUUCCACAUUUUGUUACGUUACAGCCUUAUUCUAAAAUUGAUUAAAUUGUAUUUUUUGCUCAUCGAUCUACACACAAUGAAAUUUUAGCAAAUGCAUUAUUAUUACACAUAUUACAUAAGUAUUCAGACCCUUUACUCAGUACUUUGUUGAAACACCUUUGGCAGCGAUUACAGCCUCGUCUUCUUGGGUAUGACGCUACAAGCUUGGCACACCUGUAUUUGGGGAGUUUCUCCCAUUCUUCUCUGCAGAUCCUCUCAAGCUCUGUCAGGUUGGAUGGGGAGCGUCGCUGCACAGCUAUUUUCAGGUCUCUCCAGAGAUGUUCGAUCAAUUUCAAGUCCGGGCCACUCAAGAACAUUUAGAGACUUGUCCCGAAGCCACUCCUGCGUUGUCUUUGCUGUGUGCUUAGGGUCGUCCUGUUGGAAGGUGAACCUUGCUCCGUUCAUCUUUCCCUCGAUCCUGACUAGUCUCCCAGUCCCUGCCGCUUAAAAACAUCCACACAGCAUGAUGCUGCCACCACCAUGCUUCACCGUAGGGAUGGUGCCAGAUUUCCUCCAGACGUGACGCUUGGCAUUCAGGCCAAAGAGUUCAAUCUUGGUUUCAUGGUCUGAUAGUCCUUUAGGUGUCUUUUGGGAAACUCCAAGUGGGCUGUCAUGUACCUUUUUAUUGAGGAGUGGCUUCCAUCUGGCCACUCUACCAUAAAGGCCUGAUUGGUGGAGUGCUGCAGAGAUGGUUGUCCUUCUAGAAGGUUCUCCCAUCUCCACAGAGGAACUCUAGAGCUCUGUCAGAGUGACCAUCAGGUUCUUGGUCACCUCCCUGACCAAGGCCCUUCUCCCCUGAUUGCUCAGUUUGGCUGGGCGGCCAUCUCUUGGAAGAGUCUUGGUGGUUGCAAACUUCUUCCAUUUAGGAAUGAUGGAGGCCACUGUGUUCUUGCUCUGACUUGCACUGUCAACUGUGGGACCUUAUAUAGAUGUGUGUGCCUUUCCAAAUCAUGUCCAAUCAAUUGAAUUUACCACAGGUGGACUCCAAUCAAGUUGUAGAAACAUCUCAGGGAUGAUCAGUGGAAACAGGAUGCGCCUGAGUGCAAUUUCGAGUCUCAUAGCAAAGGGUCUGAAUACUGAUGUAAAUAAGGUAUUUCUGUUUUUUAAUUUCUAAAAACCUGUUUUCUCUUUGUCAUUAUGGGGUAUUGUGUGUAGAUUGAGGGGGGAAAAUAAUUUGAAUACAUUUUAGAAUAAGGCUGUAACGUAACAAAAAGGGAAGGUGUCUGAAUACUUUCUGAAUGCACUGUAUAGCCCUAUAUAGAUGUCCUAGCCUACAGUGAGGGGCAAAAAAUAUUUGAUCCCCUGCUGAUUUUGUACGUUUGCCCACUGACAAAGACAUGAUCAGUCUAUAAUUUUAAUGGUAGGUUUAUUUCAACAGUGAGAGAGAGAAUAACAACAACAAAAAUCCAGAAAAACGCAUGUCAAAAAUUUUAUAAAUUGAUUUGCAUUUUAAUGAGGGAAAUAAGUAUUUGACCCCUCUGCAAAACAUGACUUAGUACUUGGUGGCAAAACCCUUGUUGGCAAUCACAGAGGUCAGACGUUUCUUGUAGUUGGCCUCCAGGUUUGCACACAUCUCAGCAGGGAUUUUGUCCCACUCCUCUUUGCAGAUCUUCUCCAAGUCAUUAAGGUUUCGAGGCUGAUGUUUGGCAACUCGAACCUUCAGCUCCCUCCACAGAUUUUCUAUGGGAUUAAGGUCUGGAGACUGGCUAGGCCACUCCAGGACCUUAAUGUGCUUCUUCUUGAGCCACUCCUUUGUUGCCUUGGCCGUGUGUUUUGGGUCAUUGUCAUGCUGGAAUACCCAUAAACGACCCAUUUUCAAUGCCCUGGCUGAGGGAAGGAGGUUCUCGCCCCGUCCAUCGUCCCUUUGAUGCAGUGAAGUUGUCCUGUCCCCUUAGCAGAAAAACACCCCCAAAGCAUAAUGUUUGCACCUCCAUGUUUGACGGUGGGGAUGGUGUUCUUGGGGUCAUAGGCAGCAUUUCUCCUCCUCCAAACACGGCGAGUUGAGUUGAUGCCAAAGAGCUCGAUUUUGGUCUCAUCUGACCACAAAACUUUCACCCAGUUCUCCUCUGAAUCAUUCAGAUGUUCAUUGGCAAACUUCAGACGGGCCUGUAUAUGUGCUUUCUUGAGCAGGGGGACCUUGCGGGCGCUGCAGGAUUUCAGUCCUUCACGGCGUAGUGUGUUACCAAUUGUUUUCUUGGUGACUAUGGUCCCAGCUGCCUUGAGAUCACUGACAAGAUCCUCCCGUGUAGUUCUGGGCUGAGAGAGAUUGACAGUUAUUUUGUGUUUCUUCCAUUUGCGAAUAAUCGCACCAACUGUUGUCACCUUCUCACCAAGCUCUUGUAGCCCAUUCCAGCCUUGUGUAGGUCUACAAUCUUGUCCCUGACAUCCUUGGAGAGCUCUUUGGUCUUGGCCAUGGUGGAGAGUUUGGAAUCUGAUUGAUUGAUUGCUUCUGUGGACAGGUGUCUUUUAUACAGGUAACAAGCUGAGAUUAGGAGCACUCCCUUUAAGAGUGUGCUCCUAAUCUCAGCUUGUUACCUGUAUAAAAGACACCUGGGAGCCAGACAUCUUUCUGAUUGAGAGGGGGUCAAAUACUUAUUUCCCUUAUUAAAAUGCAAAUCAAUUUACAACAUUUUUUACAUGCGUUUUUCUGGAUUUUGUUGUUGUUAUUCUGUCUCUCACUGUUCAAAUAAACCUACCAUUAAAAUUAUAGACUGAUCAUUUCUUUGUCAGUGGGCAAACGUACAAAAUCAGCAGGGGAUCAAAUACUUUUUUCCCUCACUGUACCUCUUUCAGGUAAUAAAUUCAAUGCAGUUUUAGCCUUAUAUUUAGCCUAUUAAGGAUGGAUUAUGCAUAAUAAGCUUCUAAUUUAUAGCCUCUGUCUCUUGCGCAAUACGCAAGCACCUGUGCUCCGCUGGCCCCUCUCCUUAAAAAAACGCUCCUUAGCUCUUGGAUUCCCAUGCAGGAAAAGCUAGAGUAGAAUAGCUUGCUGGACAUAAUGUUUUUUAGCAUUUCUUAAACCAAUAGACUAUUUGAAGAGGGACGCAAGCUCUUGUUAGCUGAAUGUUAAAUACAGCAUCCAGUAGAACUCAUGGGUAGUUUGAAAGAACGAACGCGCGAUGGCGGUAGGCUAUAGCAGUUAUUUAUUUAGACCCAUAACCAUUCAAUCUUCGUGAAGAGAAGUUGAAAGCCUUCUGCAUCUAAUUCUAGUCCUAUAUUAUUCAAGGAUAUCAUUAGAAUGAUGAAGAUAAGGACAACUAAACUUAUUUCAUUUAGCCUAACUGUUGAACGCGAGGAAGGAAUGAAGCAACAAUAGAGAGCGAAAAAGGAGGUAGGUUAAAAACAUUAGUGGAAAUAUUAUAAAAGGCAUAUAUAUGUGUCAGUCUACUAAUUAUACAAAUAGGCCGUGUUAUAUUUCAAAAUUAAAUUCAAAUUCAUUAGCCUAUACAAAUAUACUGCAUGUGCUGCACCAGAGUUGUAUGUUCUCUGCUGCUUUAUCGUGUUUUGAAUGAUGUGCAGUAUAAUACAAUACAGUAGAGUAAUACAGUUCACACUCAAAAAGGUUAGCCUACUGGAGCUAGUUUCAUUUAUUUACCCAAGAGAGCAUAUAGCUAGCUACACUGUAUAUACAAAAGUAUAUGGACACCCCUUCAAAUUAGUGGAUUUGGCUAUUUUCGCCACACUCACUGCAGACCGGUGUAUAAAAUCGAGCACACAGCCAUGCAAUCUCCAUAGACAACCAUUGGCAGUAGAAUGGUCUUACAGAAGAGCUCAGUGACUUUCAACGUGGCACCGUCAUAGGAUGCCACCUUUCCAACAAGUCAGUUUGUCAAAUUUCUGCCCUGCUAGAGCUGCCCCGGUCAACUGUAAGUGCUGUUAUUAUGAAGUGGAAACGUCUAGGAGCAACAACGGCUCAGCCGCGAAGUGGUAAGCCACACAAUCUCACAGAACCGGACCGCCAAGUGCUGAAGCUCGUAGCGCGUAAAAAUCAACUGUCCUCGGUUGCAACACUCACUACCGAGUUCCAAACUGCCUCUGGAAGCAACGUCAGCGCAAUAACUGUUCGUUGGGAACUCCAUGAAAUGGGUUUCCAUGGCCGAGCAGCAGCACAAAAGCCUAAGAUCACCAUGCGCAAUGCCAAGCGUCGACUGGAGUGGUGUUAAGCUCGCCGGCAUUGGACUCUGGAGCAGUGGAAAUGCGUUCUCUGGAGUGAUGAAUUACACUUCACCAUCUGGCAGUCCAACAGAUUAAUCUGUGUUUAGCGGAUACGAGGAGAACUCUACCUGCCCGCAUGCAUAGUACCAACUGUACAGUUUGGUGGAGGAGGAAUAAUGGUUUGGGGCUGUUUUUCAUGGUUCGGGCUAGGCCCCUUAGUUCCAGUGAUGGGACAUAUUAACGCUACAGCGUACAAUGACAUUGUAAAAGAUUCUGUGCUUCCAACUUUGUGGCAACAGUUGGGGAAGUCCCUUUCCUGUUUCAGCAUGACAAUGCCCCCGUGCACAAAACGAGGUCCAUACAGAAAUGGUUUGUUGAGAUCGGUGUGGAAGAACUUGACUGGCCUGCGCAGAGCCCUGACCUCAACCCCAUUGAACACCUUUGGGAUGAAUUAAAACGCUGACUCCAAGCCAGGCCUAAUCGUCCAACAUCAGUGCCCGACCUCACUAAUGCUCUUGUGGCUGAAUGGAAGCAAGUCCCCGCAGCAAUGUUCCAACAUCUAGCGGAAAGCCUUCCCAGAAGACUGGAGGCUGUUUAUAGCAGCAAAGGGGGGACCAACUCCAUAUUAAUGCCCGUAAUUUUGGAAUGAGAUGUUUGACCAGCAGGUGUCCACAUACCUUUGGUCAUGUAAUGUACAUCUAUGGGCUUUUAUGUUUUUCUGUCGUGCGUAAUGUGCAGUAACCUAUAUCAGAAAUAUGUUUGCUAUUGGAUAACAGCACAAUCAUUUGGGCUUUGCCUCAUUAAAUGUAUUUAAUGUAGGGCUCAUAAAAUGUAUUUAAUGUAUGGCUCAUCAGGCUCAUGUAACGUCAGACUUGACUUUUCAAUCAAAGCACUAAUCAAAUCCAGAUGUUUAUAUGCUUUUGAAUGACACUUCCGGUUUUGGCAGGAAAUACCGUGUUACCUGGGAGAAAAGUGAUUUAUUCUCAGGAUGGAACAUUUGUAAAAUACCGGGAAAAUAUUCAACCCUAGUCAGUGCCCUGGCGUGUACAGUAUAUAAUCUGUGUAUGAUAAGGUUUCAUACGGUCUGCGUCCCAAAAUGCACCCUAUUUCCUAUAUAGUGUGCAUUACUUUUGAUCAUGGCCCGUUGGGCUGUUGUCAAAAGUAGUGCACUACGUAGAGAAUAGUGGAUGUGAUGCAUAUUUGGGAUGCAACCUGAGUGAUCUCCUCUCUCUCUCUCUCUCUCUCUCUCUGUUUGUCAGAACUAAGAAAUUGAUAAUGGAUGUGAUCAGGAUCCAGCCAGGAGACACUCUCCCAGAGACCCUGGAGACCCCGGCCUCUGCCCUCCAGGUGACGGCAUCAUCAUGACCCCCACAUCACCCCUACACCAGCCCAGCACCCCACACCUCAGAUACUUCUCUAUUAAAGUGGUUUGAUUUCCAUGCUAUACCCUUUGUGCCAUGCAGGAGUGGGAAAAGAGCAGUCAUGCUAACUUUUCUGUCUUUCUUUGUGUGUCUGUCUCUCUUCCAACUUGUACUAUUCUGUGAUCCAGGAGCGUGAGCAUGCCAAGGUGGUGGAGCUGCGUGCGUUGCAGGACGCCCAGGCCCCAGAAGGGCUGAAGAGCAGCCAGGCAGUGCUGGAGGACAGACAGCUGCCUCUAGAGCAGAAGAAGAGGAAGAUCGUCCGCAAUCUCCGAACCCUGGAGCAGGCUGGCCUCGUCACCGCUAGCAACAAGUACCAGGACCUCAUCAACGACAUCUCCAAGGUACACGAACACGCGCAAACACACACACACGCACACUGAUGGCCUUCAGAGUUUGUUGCAGAAAACCAAUCUAACCAAUCACGUCCCUUCUGUGUGUGAUUGACAGGACAUUCGUUACCAGAGGCGUUACAGACAGAGGAGGAAGGCGGAGCUAGUGAAGCUCCAGCAGACACUGAGUGCGCUCAACUCAAAGACAGCCUUCUAUCAGGACCAGACCAACUACUAUGACACCUACAUCAAGACCUGCCUCGACAACCUCAACAGGAAGUGAGUGUCCGCUACAAAACGGACCCCUCGGCACUAACCAUAAAUCUUAGUUAAUCUGGCCUAGCAAGUCAACAAGGAUCUAGGGUUACAGAGGAGGGAUUGGUUUGGAAUUGGGCCAUAUGGGCUAGUUUUGAAUUACAUUGUCAUUACUCUUGUCAUUGAAGUAUGAUCAGAGCCCAUGGUCCCAUUCAAAACUUGAAGUGUGUGGGUGUUUGAGUGACUUCCAUGCAUGUGUGUGACCUAUCUGGUGUGUGUCCACAGGAAUGCGCGGCGGUCCAUAAAGCUGGACAGGAAGGUGGAGGAGAAGGGCAGUAAGAAGUGGAAGCAUCAGUCUCUGAAGUACACGGCGGCCCGGCUGCAUGAGAAGGGAGUGAUCCUGGAGAUAGAGGGGCUGCAAACCAACCAGUGAGUGGAGCAGAGCGGACAGCUGGUCCUAGUUAGCUUCCCAACACUGGAUUCGUGUUCAUUUGUACAAACCGUUUCAAACCAUAGCAAAAUGUUUUCCAAUUGAAAACGCUUUGCAACGGAAAAUGUUUUACAACGAACAGCCAGGGUUUUGUGAUUAAGGUAGUGUGGUUGACCUAAUGUGAACAUGGUAUUGAAUCCUGAAGUGAGUUGGUACUAUACCAGGUCUCGGGUUUUGUGGUAGAAGUAGGUUAUCCAUGUUUGACAAGGGGCCCUGCUCCAAUACUUUCAGAAAUGCAUUAGUCUGUCGUAGCUUUUACAAAUCAGAUCAGUGAUUACUCCAAAGGAAGGGAGGACGAAAGGAUGCAUUGGUAAAGUAUUGGGACGCUCCCGUCCUUCCUGUUUUGGCCAUGCUGUUCCAGCUAGAGUGGCGCUGAGGAGAGCCAAAGACAGCUCCUGUGGCUCCUCACUGCACUCUGUGGGAGUUCCAGGCCAGGUCAGAGAGGAAACAGAGAGCUAGUAUCUAGAAAACAGAGCUACGUCCUCUUUAGAGCCAUUUAAACACACUGCACUUUGGCCCAAUAUCAUCAAUGCAUUUCAGAAAAUAAACAAGGAGGAAAAUAAGUACACAAAAAAAAGGAUAUCGAAUCAUUCUAUUUCUGGUCAUACUAUUUCUCACACUCAACAUUGAAAUGUUAUGCCAAAACAAGUCUGUCUGACGUUGUGACCUGCGGACAAUAACAGGACUAGAGAUGGUUAUUAUAAAGUCUGUCUGUAUCCUGUCUUUUCAUUUCACUCAUUAUUUCAAUCCCAUGUUUUUGUAUUUUCUCUCAGGUUCAAAAAUGUAAUGUUUGACAUCUCGCCCAGUGAGGAAGUUGGAGACUUUGAGGUGAAGGCCAAGUUUAUGGGAGUUGAGAUGGAAAAGGUCCAACUCCAUUUCCAGGUAAUGCUUUUCCCCGGAAUUACGACGACGCAUGGUUGUCACUGACUGUCUGUUGUCCCUGUCUGCCUUUCUCUGUCCCUGUCUGUCUUUCUCUGUCCCUGUCUUUCUCUGUCCCAGUCUGACUAUCUCUGUAUGUCUAUGUCCCUGUCUAUCUCUGUCCCUGUCUGUCUGUCUUUCUCUGUCCCAGUCUGACUGUCUAUCCCGGUCUGACUGUCUAUCCCGGUCUGACUGUCUAUCUCGGUCUGACUGUCUGUCUAUCUCUGUCCCUGUCUGACUGUCUGUCUAUCUCUGUCCCUGUCUGACUGUCUGUCUGUCUGUCUCUGUCCCUGUCUGACUGUCUGUCUGUCUCUGUCCCUGUCUAUCUGUCUCUGUCCCAGUCUGACUGUCUAUCUCUGUCCCGGUCUGACUGUCUAUCCCGGUCUGACUGUCUAUCCCGGUCUGACUGUCUGUCUGUCCCUGUCUGACUGUCUGUCUAUCUCUGUCCCUGUCUGACUGUCUGUCUGUCUCUGUCCCUGUCUGACUGUCUGUCUGUCUCUGUCCCUGUCUGACUGUCUGUCUGUCUCUGUCCCUGUCUGACUGUCUAUCUGUCUCUGUCCCUGUCUGACUGUCUAUCUGUCUCUGUCCCUGUCUGACUGUCCAUCUCUGUCCCAGUCUGACUGUCUAUCUCUGUCCCAGUCUGACUGUCUAUCUCUGUCCCGGUCUGACUGUCUAUCUCUGUCCCGGUCUGACUGUCUAUCUCGGUCUGACUGUCUAUCUCUGUCCCGGUCUGUCUGUCUCUGUCCCGGUCUGACUGUCUAUCUCUGUCCCGGUUUGACUGUCUGUCCCGGUCUGACUGUCUGUCUGUCCCUGUCUGACUGUCUUUCUCUGUCCCUGUCUGUCUGUCUCUGUCCCGGUCUGUCUGUCUCUGUCCCGGUCUGUCUGUGUCUGUCCCCGUCUGACUGUCUAUCUCGGUCUGACUGUCUAUCCUGACUGUCUAUCUGUCCCUGUCUGUCUGUCUCUGUCCCUGUCUGACUGUCUGUCUGUCUGUCUCUGUCCCUGUCUGACUGUCUGUCCCUGUCUGUCUGUCUCUGUCCCGGUCUGACUGUCUAUCUCUGUCCCGGUCUGACUGUCUAUCUCUGUCCCGGUCUGACUGUCUGUCCCGGUCUGACUGUCUAUCUCGGUCUGACUGUCUAUCCUGACUGUUUAUCUCGGUCUGACUGUCUAUCGGUCCCUGUCUGACUGUCUAUCUGUCCCUGUCUGACUGUCUGUCUGUCUCUGUCCCGGUCUGACUGUCUGUCUGUCUCUGUCCCUGUCUGACUGUCUCUGUCCCUGUCUGACUGUCUGUCUGUCUCUGUCCCUGUCUGACUGUCUAGCUCUGUCCCUGUCUGACUGUCUAUCUCUGUCCCUGUCUGACUGUCUAUCUCGGUCUGACUGUCUAUCUCGGUCUGACUGUCUAUCUGUCCCGGUCUGACUGUAUCUCUGUCCCUGUCUGACUGUAUCUCUGUCCCUGUCUGACUGCCUAUCUCUGUCCCUGUCUGACUGCCUAUCUCUGUCCCUGUCUGACUGCCUAUCUCUGUCCCUGUCUGACUGUAUCUCUGUCCCUGUCUGACUGUAUCUCUGUCCCUGUCUGACUGCCUAUCUCUGUCCCUGUCUGACUGCCUAUCUCUGUCCCGGUCUGACUGCCCAUCUCUGUCCCGGUCUGACUGCCCAUCUCUGUCCCGGUCUGACUGCCCAUCUCUGUCCCGGUCUGACUGCCCAUCUCUGUCCCUGUCUGACUGCCUAUCUCUGUCCCUGUCUGACUGCCUAUCUCUGUCCCGGUCUGACUGUCUAUCUGUCCCGGUCUGACUGUAUCUCUGUCCCUGUCUGACUGCCUAUCUCUGUCCCUGUCUGACUGUCUAUCUCUGCCCCUGUCUGACUGUCUAUCUCUGUCCCUGUCUAUCUCUGUCCCUGUCUGACUGUCUAUCUCUGCCCCAGUCUGACUGCCUAUCUCUGUCCCUGUCUAUCUCUGUCCCUGUCUAUCUCUGUCCCUGUCUGACUGUCUAUCUCUGUACCUGUCUGAAUGUCCAUCUUCUGUGUCCCUGUCUAAAACAUUGAUAGUUGACUGUCUGUUGUCUGUGUCCCUGUCUAGGACCUGCUCCAACUUCAGUACGACGGAGUGGCGGUGAUGAAGAUGUUUGACAAGGCCAAAGUCAACGUCAACCUGCUCAUCUUCCUCCUCAACAAGAAGUUCUAUGGAAAA